GCCUACUUAAAAUACAUGUUAAAAAAAAUAGGGAAAGCUACUGGCACCUCGUGAUUUUACUCAGAAUAAAACUAUUUGAGACAUGAGAUGGUCUCCACCCAGCGUCAAGCUUGCAGAAAACCUUGAAAUUCUCAGGAAACUGAAUUGUGAUACAUACAAAAUAAAAGCACGCCAUUGGAAAGGUGUAGAUGGAUAUUUCUGAUUGCAUCAAGAAAACAAGAAAACAAAUAUAUUAUAUCGGGAUAGGGUGCGUAAUAAAGCCUCAUAUUGGAAUAUUAGACCCAAACUCUUCAGUAUGAACCUGCCGUUUCCGUGACAAAUCGAGUCGUCGUGAACGACGUGAUCGGAUGACAUAUUCCUGUUUCAGGUAACUUGACACCGGUCACCUUUCCUUGAUCCCGAGCCUGCAACCAAUCAGCGGCAGUCAGGGACACAUGAACGGUGAUAAUAUCCACGGAACAGGCUGCAGGCAGGAGGAACAAAGAAAGCAGCCCGUAGCGUGAGAAGCGUCUCUUCUCCGCGUCUGCGAGGAUAAAUAUCCACUUCAUAUGAGCUGUUUUUGCUUUUUCUUCAAACACAGACCAAGAAGUGUUGGCUGUCACGCAGCGCCUUGAGUCGGUCUGGUCGGUUUUGCUGAGGAAAGAGGGAACUUGGCGUCGAGUCAGGUCGACCUUAUUUGCGUUGGAGACGCUUGUUGUUUUGGAAGGAAACGCUCGGUAAGUUCACUCUUUCUCCUUUACGCACCACUUGAAAAUGGUGUCGAGCAGAGCUGUAGCAGUCUCCUGGCCGUGUGGUGUUGUCUCUUUGCUUUGUUAGACUCAGACUAAGUCAGGUCUCAAACUUUCUUCUUGUGUUUUCUGAGGAAAACCAACCAACUCUCUGCGCAACCAGCGAGACAACAGCGAUCUCCAAAGUCCAUUCAGUGCGCUGUUGUUUUAGGGCUUUGUUGCUUCUUUAUAACAAAGACAACCGAGAACUUUGAUACGCGGGUAUUUCCUGAUGGUUUGAGUCUAUUACAUAAUUUAGACUGAGUAAUUCAGCUUCAUUGGAACAAUCCUGGAUGUUUGGUCACGCACCCAACAGCCCGGACUGACUUAAUUUCCAUCUGUAUAGUUUGUUUAAUGCCUUGAUUUCUAUAUACUUACUCAAAUAGGAUGCCGAGAAGGCAUUUCUUAGAACAAACAUAAUUGAUACACCGGGUCUGAUUUCAGGGCACAAAAUGUAAUUUCAAUAACAAACUCCAAGAACCUGAAUGGAGGUUUUGAAUUUCGGUUUUCCUCCUGGCGUCAGUCCUCUGUUCACGCCUGCUGUUGCAGGAACACCUCUAUUUAUGACUCAUUCAUGCACAACUGAUCAGACACUUCCAAAUGAAUUUAUUUUUGAUGGCAGUGGAAAGAGGAGUGUUGCACAGUUUUCUCUCCAGCAUUUUAACAUGUUAAUAAUUUAAAGGUGUUUAUCGAAAUUUUCAUGUUAACAGUUAAUCUAAAAGUUACAGGUCCACCGAUACAGUUGUUCUGGAGCUGAGGUCGAUACUUAUAAUAAGAGAGUAGGUCAACGGAUGGCCCAUAAACAAUGUUGAUAUAAUUUUUUUAUGGGCCAUUGCUUGACAUAAGAAUAAGACUAACUGUAUUUAUCCCUGAAGGUCAUGUUGAUAUCAAUUUUUUAUGGGCCAUUGGUUGACAUAAGAAAAAGACUAACUUUAUUUGUCUCCGAAGGGAAAUUGGCAAGGAAAAUUCAUGAUGGCAGUUUGAGUUUCAAACUCAAAUUCAUACAUGGUUGUAUGUUAUGAUUUACGAUGAACUAUUGGAAAUACCCAGCUGUUUGGUUAAGCUAUAGUUUUCGUAACAUGUCUGAUAUUACCAUCAUUACUAAUUAUUACAUACAACAUGAAAACAUUAUGGGUGGUGGGAAAGAUAGUGAUGAGGGCCAAUGCCAACAUGGUGCCGAUUAUAUCAGAAAGCCACUCAUCGGUCAGAUAAGUGGGUCUAUCCCUAAAACUAACUAUAAUCAACAGUUAAGCAGUGGUGUCCUCAGCUUUGGCAGUAUCAUACAUGAAGCUUUAACCCUAAACAAGCGUUAGAAACUGGACGUUUGACUCCGUUCAGGGUCCGUUUGAUUAGCAGUUUGCCUGCUAUUUAGAGGCUAAAUGUUUUGCCUGUAACCACACCAUCUGCUUUGCCCUCCUGGGUAUCGGCAGGCUACUGUCCAGAUCAAGUGUUAUGAGAGAUCUGCGUGGGACGACCACAACAGAUGGCGAUAUGGAGAGCACGGAUGGCUGAUGUGGUGGCGAGUCUCUCUGUUGUGGUUUUCAUGGUCUGGUUGUCAGUUGUGGUUUGUGCAAUAAACAAGAACCAAAUCUGCACCCCCCAUCAUGUUGGAUUGGUAUGAGAAAUGGUUUGAUUCUUAAUUGGUCCUCCUAGGCUGUUGGAGAGCAGGUCAGAGAGGAGCCAUUGAUCUCUGCUCUCUAUUUUCCACCAUCUGGGAUUUGACCCCGUGAAUACCGUGGAUUGAGCUGACCUCGCUGUAUCAGUGAGGGUGGUCGGUAUAAACGUGCCCGAGCCUUCAGGAUGUUGAGGUCAAACGUGGAGUUCUCUAUCAGGUCUCAUUUCCAGAGUGAUACAAACUGACUCCUGAAGUCUUCAGGGAAAACAGGAUCAGUUCUUUGAAGUGGACUUGGGCUGAUUGGAGUUGAUUUGAACCUAAACACUCUGCAGUGAGUGAAGAAAUCAGUUUGCCUUUUGAAUGUCCUGGUUCUGCUAUGUAGCUUCCCUGUGGUAGAGAUUGAAUGCAAGUGGUUGGCAGGCCCCUUCCUCAGUUUUGAGUCAUGUUGUUGUCAUUUUAGCUAUCACUCGCUGUACUGAAGCUUGUUGUCUCAUGCACAAAAAUAAAUCUGCAGCACAAAGCAGGGCAAUGACUUGGAUUUAAAUUUGGAUCAUGGUUUCCCAUGAUCAUAAAAUCAUGCUGCACUGCCCCAGUCAUGUCCUAUUGGUUGAAGGAAGUGCAUCCUUCAGGCAGCCACGGGUGGAGAGAGGAGAGCAGGGAGAGGAGCUGGGUGUGUCUGAAAAGCAAAAGGACAGAAUGCGCAGGAUGAGAAAGGCAAAAACAGGAAACUAUACCGUUUUUCCACUUUUUGUUUCUGACUAAGAAGCAAGAGUUUGUAGGUUUUAAAGAGGUUUCAGGUUGUGUUAAGUUGGUGCAGUAGAAGUAAAAAAUAUGAUCACGAUUUUUGUCAUAACCAAGCAGCCCUAGUGUAGCAAUAACAUGCACUCACACAAACGCUCCUGGUGUUACAUUGUUCAAAUCUUAGGAGCAUUUGCAACCAAAAUAGUCUUCUUUUCCUGCUCUGACCCACAAACCAGCAAGCAGCUGUCCAGCUUGUUGCUGAGACACUCUUGAUUAUUUGUUUUGUAAAGGAGAGGACUUGCAGAUUAUUCCUCUUUCUGUAAAAACCUUGAACAGUGAACAAAAGUACAGAGAUUUGACUGACAAAACACAAACACAGCCAGCUUUUGUGUCCUCUCCUCUGCUGACAUGAAGGGGCAGCCAUAAGUUAAACACAGUAAAAAUGUGUAGCCCAUUGAAUGAACAAAAAUCUUCAGUUUCCAUCUCCAUUUCUAUGUCCAGGAUGGUGUGUUUGAUCCAUGUCCUAAUGAUGCAGUGUUAUCUCCUGGCUGGAGAAACAAGAGUCUUGCAUCCUGUUGUUAUCGUCUAACAUGCUGAGAACAGCUAUCAUUGCCUAUAGCAUUGGCUGGGAUUGUUGGAACAAAUGUCACUUUGUUCUCCGGCAUUGUAAGAGGCCACAACAGGGUAGUGUGGCCCCUGUGACCCGUCUAUACCACAGCCUCACAGACGUUGGAUUUGUUCAGCAGAUACCAGCAUCAGUAUACAAAUGUUACAUAAUGCAAAGAUUACAGUCAUAUACAGUUUAAGCUCAAACACAUUCCUCCAGUUUCUCUUUACCCAACAUAAACACGGUAUGUUAUGUCUGCAGGGAGCUAAUAUUGACCUCAGUCUGGCGCCUGUCUGUGCAUAAUCAAACCUUGAACCCACCGGUCGAGUCUGGAUGUGGUUUAUCUUCAUGUGUUGGUUUGACAGGUGAAGUGCAUUGAGUGCAUCACUGCAAGCACAAUACAGCUCAGUUAGAAUUUGCCAGAUUGUCUGAGAUUGUCUCAGAACAUGUUCUCCAAAAGUUAGCUGAGGUUACCUGCCAGGGAGACCAUGCAUGGCUCAACGCUUGCAGCUCUGUCAGGAUAUUUGUUAAAUUUAUGCUGACCCCAGGUAAGAAAUGACUCCACACCUCUCGGUUGCUCCUCUAGUGUCAAGUAGCAAAUCAGGUCUAAUGACAGCUGCAGGUGACACUCAGGUAACAACAGCCUGUCCUCUUUGCUUUCCUCCUGCUGCUGUAAACAGCACCCUGACACUGAUCAUCGAAAAUGAGCUUUCUGUGCUCUGGGAUGUGUCAUUCACAGCACUUGUUUGUCAAACUUACCACCACCAUGUACCAUCACUACUAUCAACUCCUGCAUGGUUGGUAUCUCAUCUUUUUAUAUCAGCAUAUAUAUUCUCUCUUUUUCUGGAAGUUUUCUUGUAGUGAAAGAAAAAACAUAUAAGAUAAAGUCUCAGAAGCUUCAUCAGACCUGUUGUUUUGUCAUUGUAAUGUAGAUAGCAUUGCAGAAAUAAGCUUCAGUGCAACAUUUUUUAAAAUUAAAGUCAGCUGCAGUCAUUCAUUCCCCGACAAUCAAACUUGACACCAGGGCUGUCCCAAUACAACUUUUUUACUGAAAUAUGAUGCCAAUGUUGUAGCCUACAGUACUGGCCGAUGCCAAUAUUGAUCUUAUGUUGCACAAACUUGUGGAUGACAAGUUCUGCAUUGAGCUGUAACAUCUUUUUUUUAGACUUAAACAAAAAUACUGCCACACGGCCGAUAUCACUUCGACUCCUUGCUACUUUGUUAGAACAUUAGUACACACUGUCGUUGUGAUUACGCGGGAUCUGCAUGCUGGAGCUGAGUCUGGAAUGGACUGCUUGUAUCGGCGUAUCGGUAUCUGGGAUUUUAGAUACUGGCCAAUAUAAUCCAAUAUUCAUUUUUGGCUGAUAUCUGACUGAUAUCAAUAUUGGAUUGGGACAUCCCUACUCAAUACACCCCCUACAGACAGAGAAGUCUUUCCAUGUCUUGUCUCCUUCAUUCCUUGAGGAGUGUUUAUCACCCUACAAAUACUGGCAAUGCACCUGGGAGAUGUGCAUGGUUAUAUGUUAAAGCAUUAAUGAUUCUUUAUGUCCAUGUUGAAUAGACAAACAAAUGCAUGACUACAUGUAAAGCUUUUUAUGAUCAAUAACCAGCAUGCACUCUGCAUUGAUUCAUGAGCAGCAUCUCUAGAUGUUUAGAAACUAAAGCUGUGUAGAUGUACCGAAGAGGUCAUUUCAUUUCACCUCAACAACUGUCAUCAAGAAUAUAAGAAAUCUAAAUAAAAUCAUGAAAUGUACUUGAGGGUGUGUUUUAGCUUGGUCCCUGAAUGCUGACAGAAGUAAAGCUGCACUGGGCACUUUUAGCAAAAGCCCCAGCGCUCAUGUCUGAGCUGCCUCCCGUCAGGAUGUAUUUUAUUCUCCUCAUAGAAACUUUAUUCUCUGUCUCUCUGAGGAUCUACAGCAAGUAGUUUCUCCUUUGAGGGGUUCCACUAAAGUUGAAGGAUGUGUGAUAAAAGCCCAACCCUGCUACAGUUUGAGCCCAGCAACUCCCCCCAACAAACACACACACACACACACACACACACACACACACACACACAAACACACACACACACACACACACACACACACACACACACACACACACGCGCAGCUGAGCUGCCUGAGCUGUGAGGCUGUUUCAGCAGAGUGGUACUCUGCUGCCAGCAUGUCUGAUGCUGACUCAGCUGAAUGUUAAUGUUGUGAAAUCCCAUUAAGAGCAAUCCGGUGCUGAGUGGGGCCACGCCUGGGCUUUAUGGGACAGCAGGUCCUUUUUAAAAGGCCAGCAGUGCUCUUGUGUUUGCUCCGUGUGUAAUAGAGUCUAAUCACUUGAGUGGCUCAUGCUGAAUUAAAUCGCACUGUUAAAUCACUGCCACUCAUGUUUAGUUGCUCUUGACGGCUAUUUAAACGGUUUUGGGUGAGUGUUGCCGGUUGGGAAUGAUUUGUUGUGGAGUUUUGCAGUUGCACUUAACUAAUACUGCUUACAGAGAAAGAGGAGGAAAAGAACACAAACACAACGUCUGAUGUUUGCAUUAGUCUGCAGUGAUAAGGUUGUUACACAGCUGCAGGAAAUGCAUGCAAAGCACCAGCAGUUCACUUUGAGCUCAGCAGAGCCUGGAAGGAGACAGAGAGGUGAUUUUUGUGUGUUGUUUGUGAGGGGAUCAGAAGGAGGGAUACCCUUUUAAAGAAAGAGCUUUCUGUUCACGUGUCACUGUUUUUAAUACCGAGCUCUUCGUGCAGAUGACUGUUGUCGUUUGCAUGUAAAGAGGGUGAGACAGACGGAGGCUAAACAGGGCUUUUUCCAUAAGAGUAUCCCGUGUUUAUCUUUCAAAUCAGAGAAGGAUGUGGUGUAAAGCACUCCUCCUAGAAGAAGCUUCCACCCACAUGUUUCUAUACUGGUACACAGAAAGCUCUGCAUUGUGCGCAGCAAUGAGCUCCCUACUCCUGUGAAUGAAAACUACUCAAUGCUUACACUCACUGAUCUGCUUAUUGGAGCAACAGAUGAGAGUUAGUGACUUCAUGAGCAGGUAGAACACAUUGAUUGCAGUGUCAUGGAUGUCCUCCAUCCAAGAUAGAAGGGAUGUGGUCAGUUUCAGGGGGAGGAGGAGGGUCUGUUUUGCAGAAAGGCUCUACAUGCCUGUAGUGAAAGCCUUAAUAACGUGUCUCCUCCUGUAACUGAAGCUAUUUCCUUUGCAGGUACAAAUCAGAUACAGAGCUACAGCUAAUAUAAUGAAAACAGUAUCAGGCAGUAUUUACUGUGAAAUGCAAGUUUUACCAUGUCAACAGUCUAAAGCAAGCUGAUAUAGAGUCCAGACUGUAUGCACAAGCUGGCUUUUCUGUUUCUGCACCUCUGGCUUUGCUUUAAAGGUCCCAUAUUAUGAAAAAUUCACUUUAGAAUGGUUUUCUAACAAUGAUAUUGCAUCCCCAGCCUGUCUACAAACCCCCCCAAAAUGAGAAAAUUCUAUCCUCUCCCUCUCUGGACGGCAAUAACUCCUCCCCUCCAUCUCCGUGACUCUGCCCUCAGAAAAUUUCCACUCACACACUAUUUUUCUCCCUCACAAACGCUAUUUCAAAAUGGGCCAGUAGGCAAGGCUAGGCUAGAAGUUGAGGCUAGUCGCAGUCCUCUGAUGACAAAUCAUUUUCUGUAGACUGCAAGAACAUUGUCACGAGAGAUAACUAUAAUUACGAUGUUGCACAUUCACCAAAAGAGCUUCAAGGAUGAGAAGACAGCGGGGAUGUAACCAUUAGCCAGAGUUAAUGUGACCUAGCUACAUGUAAGUCACUGUACCAACACAUGAACAAAGUAAAAAAAAUAUUGAGACACAUCAUAUUUGUAACUAAUCAUUCAGAAAUGUCCUGCUGCAGCCACAGAGUUGAAAUUUCUUCAGCAGCCUUUCCUUCUGGGUCAGACUCUUUAACAAACUGGUAUAUAGCCAAACCUAGCACUCUGUGUAAACAUCAGUGCAUGGUACUGUAGCGCAAGCCACAACCCCAUCUCCAGAGAGACAGGGAGGGGCGUGGCUUGCGCUGAAGGAGGUAUGGACAGGUGCAGCUCACAGAAACAGCGUGUUCUCUAUAGAGCUCACGAGAGAAUUUUCAGGCUGGCUCAAGUUCCAGGAAAAAAAAAUGGGUUUAUAGACAAAAAACUUCAUUUUGACUGCUCUGAGACCUAAGUGAACCUGCUGAAAAUAGCGAUGCACCGAUCCAAUAUUUGGAUUCGAUAUGGGCUCCGAUAUUGACGGAUUAACUGGAUUGUAUGUCGGAUGAAUGACACCGAUCCUUCGUCCCGUUCCAACCUUUUUUUUUUUUUUUUAAUUAAUUUUUCUUUCAAUACAUGAAAGUCUUACUUCUUCUUGUAGUGCACUAAUGUGCAAUUUGUUAUUUGUUAAUAAAUAAUAUUCAGUAAAUUUAUAUCUGUGUUACUUGUUACCUUUUUUUUUUUAAACAAGGCUAAUGUCAAGCCUGAUGCCUUCCCUCACAGGGCAAGGUAUACAAUUCAUUCAUUUAACAGAAGUAUUGGAUCGGUGUCUGAUAUCAGCCGAUACGCUCAGCCCAGGUAUCGGUAUUGGAUUGGAUCGGGGAAAAAAUUGAUCGGUGCAUCUGUAGCUGAAAAGGAGUAUAAUAUGGGAACUUUUACAGUUGACUCGGUAACAUCAAGGUUAGCAUCUGAAUGAAGCAUGUCUUCCUGUCAGGCUGAAAUCCAUUUGCUGAAUGAGGUUGUGUCUGCAGCUGGGCAGCACUCCUCUUCCAUGGCGUAGUUUGAGGGACUGGCCUUUCACAAAGUCAUGAAACGUGCUCUUUCUUCUUAUUCUGCUUGUGCACACACUGUUGCACUGCUGAGCAGGAAGGCGCACUGCUUGUUUUUAGUUUUUCCUCUUAUUCAGUCUCCGCAGAGAACCUGAGGGUCUCUACAUAAAUUAACAUAAAAACCAGGAGCUCAUCUUUGUAAAAGAUAAGCCUAAAUCUUAACUGGAAGACACAAGUUUCCUCUGCAGUGUUUAGAACCAGACAUCCUCCCCCCUCAGCUUCUUCCUACCAGCUGUCUCAACCAUCUUUUCCCCCCUUCAUCUCCAUCCUAUUUCCUGCCACAACAAUCUGCCAUGCAAAACAGUGUGCCCGAACCACAGGGUCAAUGUUAGGGCAGCGCUGGCUUUAAUACAGCUGAUGUGAAUCAUGUCACCUCAGGUGACUUCUGCACAGUGUUGUGUUUGUUGUGUAAUCAUAUGUGGCUGCCCCUGUCGAUGCGGUGGGAGACAAACUGAGGCAGAAGAGCGAGGCAUGUGCACAUAUCAGUGAUAACCUGAUCUGUGGUAUACAGGGUCUUUCUUUUUUUUUUUUCUAUUACUAAACACCCCAUUUCCAUUUCAACACCCAAUAACACAACAUGGGUUUUCCAGUCCUAUCACAUCAUGACAUUUGGAUCUGCAUAUUAACAAGGCUUGUUUUUGUUUAUAAGUGAUGUGUCUAAAUGAUCCAAAAGUAAGAGUACAUUCAGGUGGUGUGUGUUAGUUAAGCAGAGGAACAAUGAGAGCAUGGAGAAUAACGUUUCAGUGUUCCUUCUGUUUUAACAGAAAUGAAUGCAUUUAUAUUCAUUUGACUGUUUGGAUACUUCAAAUGUUUCCUAACAGACCUUUGCUUCAGUACGCACAUGCUCAAACCUUAACCUCUAGUUUCUUUAACCACCACAUGAAACCUCUGCCAUCAUUGACAGCAACACUGCACCGUCAUGAAUAAUUAAGUCAUCCUAUGUGCUCUGCUGGGAUUCCGUUGCUUCACCGACGUGCCGUGGCUUUGUUGCCUGCUGGGCCUCCCUUCAAGAUGUCAGGAUCUUUGUUCGCAGUGGUCGGUCUCAUCUGGAGAGUGCUUAUAUGCUUUCCUGUCUACAUAUUUGUGCACGGGUUGUUUAAGGUUUUGGGUUCUGUUUAGGAUGUGCCUGGAAAGUUAAAGAGAGAACUGAAGCAGGAAACGGCUGGACCUGUUAAAGCUUGAAUUUUACAUUAUUAUUAGUGAAAUAGCUCUGUUAGUGUGUGCAGAGGUGAACUUAAGCGACUGUUACUGUGCUGCAGGGUUCGAGUGAGGUCAGAGCAAAUUAACACUUCUUUGUGGCAAAGUGUUGGAGUGGGGGUGAGAGAGGAAGAGGUUUGAUCAAAGCAGCAUAAAAAUGGAGCAGACUGUUUCACACCGCUCUGUUUUCGCUCUUUUCUUAAGGUUGUUUGCAUUUUUAAUUACAACUCAAUCAAGAGCUUAACCACAGCAGCUAAUUAAUGAUCCAGUUCAAUUUAAAGCUUGUUUGCAUGCAGCUAAUGAUGACUUAUUUUCUCCGGGGGCAGAUGAGAUCAUAACCUCAAACCGAGCUGAUGUAGCUGUUGAGGUGUCGUGUUAUUCUGAUCUCAUUGCUUACAUGCAGAGCCUGUCAAAGUCACUCUUGAGCUCAGCCUGUUGCACUCUCUGAGUGGAGGCAAAAACAUGUCGGGGGGGGAAGAAGUAGUUUCUGUUUUGCCCUGCAGAGAUGUAAAAGACAGGGCCCCAGGCGGUAAAAGUUAAACCACAUUUCUGUGCCAAUUUUAGACGCAUGAGCAAGAACUCUGUAACCAACUUUCAAGAGAGUAGCUGUUGUUAGACUGGAGAGCUGCUGAGCGGGUAAACCUCAAGAGGGUAAAGGUUUCAGCUCUGUCCCUGGGAAAGAAACUGUGUUGCAUUCAGCAAUGUGUAGUUUUGCUGCACAUGUGUAGCUCUGUCUUGUUUUUGCUAUCCUGCCAGCUACCUACACAGUAGCUGAGCUGAGUCAUUGUUCGUUGGCUACAGAAGGGCCAAAAACCUGCGUCCAGCUGCAGAGAUAAUUGUUUGUCUCAGAUUAAUGAGUCUUUUUAUUCAAACCGGUCCUCCACAGAGUUCAUUUACAUCAUGGUACAUCUCUGUUUUUUUUCCUCUUUUAAAGCAUCAUUAGGACCUCAUGAUAAGGUGAAAAGCCGCAAAAAUAAGUGGUGCCAGUAGACUGGUCUGGCUUGCUUUGCUUUGCAAAUCGAACUAGUCGCUUUUUUCGCUCUUUUCAGCGCCACCUGCUGGGCAAAAUACUAUAACAUAAAAAAAACUCUGCAUCUUAUUCUGGUGUACUGGUUGCACCUGUGCAGACGACGCAGCUUACGUUUCAGAUUAGAAAAAGGUGAUAAAAUGGGGAAUUGUUGCAGGGCUUUCUGGUUUUCAUUUCUGGGCUGGAAACAGCCGUACAAAAGUGCAUCUUAUACACACAGUUUUACCCAAUUACUUAUGAUAUAGGGUGUUAAUUCUUGUUGAUUUAUGACUCAACUCUCAUAAAAUGUCAACUUUAUUGAGAAGGGUGCAGUUUGUUUUAAGAGGUCAUACAGUUUUGUAUUUUGUCUUUGUUUAACACAUGAAUACACAAAAAUUGAUAUUCAAAUUAUAUACAUAAAAUAAAGCCCCAAGAAGACAAAAAAUACGUACUUCCUGGUCUAAUCGCUUUUAUUUUGAAAGGCUUUGAAUCAACUUCAGACAAAAAAGAAAAACGUACUCCUCCUAUAUUUGCUUUUAUUUUGAAAGGCUUCAAAUCAACUUCCGGUCCUUGCAGUGGAGGUCUUCAACAAAGGGUCCUGACAAUGGAGGUCUGCAGCCAGACUGUCUGGACUUUAUUGAAAUAUGCAUCUUUCGUGUUGGGCUUGGAUAAAACUCUUAUCAAUAUUUCAUUUUUUUAAAAUGGCUCUAUCUGACAAAAUUAAGUAAUGUGAUUUAUUUUCAAUGACUUUUUUUUUUUUUUAAUGCAGUCAGCAUAGGAAACUGGGGAUGAAGCACUGUGGGGUAUUUCAGAUUCCCUCCAUCUUCCUAUCACCUGGCAAGCCUCACAGAUUGAUGAUCUACGGCUGAAUGACAGACAUUAUAUCCAAAUAUAGUAAAUGACAGAGAUCUUAUCAAUGUGCAUUUUAGCUGUUACUUCAAACUGUAUUAAAAAGCCUUCAGUGCUCUGUGGGCCCCUUUUUAUAGUUCUAUUAAAGAGUCGUGCUGAUAGCUGCAGCUUCACUCUGGGCCCAUAUUCAAAGCUGAAUCAGACAAUAGAAGUGAUUGGUCCCCAAGGAGUGACUUUGGAUUGAAAAAACACAAGAUUGGAAGUAGAGACAGUAGAUGAGGCAGAAACAGCUCGGGGCCGUGGUCUCCCAGGGGCCUCCUACUGAUAAAUGGUUCACCCCUUUUCCCUCUAACCAUCAUUAAAAAUGUCAAAUCAUUAAAAGCUGCAGCUCUAUAUAACCCUGCCUGCUCCCUCCCCAUACUCCUCUUUCCUCUGGUGAAAUGUGUUAAAUUGCACUCUGGUAUGUGUGUGAGCUAAACUGCAGUUAUCCUCCGUCAGUGUGCACUGAUUUUUCUUUUAAUUAUUGUCGGAGGAUGGAGUGACAGCAGAACAAAUACUGAAAAAUAUGUAUGAGUAAAGCAGUAAUUGAGCGGUGGUGGCAUUAAAAAAUAAAGCCUUCAACUGGGAGAACCGGAUCAGAGCUGUCAGGAGCAUCCAUUCGAACCUUUUGAAGAUGGUGCAAGAGAUUAUCAUGCAAAUCUCUGUACAGCCUGAAAAUACAGUAUGUGUGCAUGCCGAAAAGCAACAUCUCAUUGGACAGAAAACAAGGUCACAACAAUGAGCAUUAUAAGCUGAAGUUUCUUUUAAGGUAAAGCAUGUUUACAUUGCUUCAUAAGUUGUCCUGUCCUCUGUCCUCCAUCACACCUGCGACUCUGUACACUACCUUCACAAAGCAGACUGCUCUCAUUCCUAUUUUGCAAACUCUUCCAGACAGACGGGGAGCAGAGAAGGACAGAGACAGAGAUGUAACCUUGUAGCUGAUGUUUGUCGGCUGCAGAAACUCCCUCGCUGUUUUCACGGCUCACCGGGGAGCUUCGAAGGUCCUUCAGGAGGAAUUUAAGACAGAGAUAUUUGCACACAGGCAGAACAACUCUGCCACCAAAAAACAGCUAGUCUCAACCACUUAACCCUGUGUGGGCCACCUUAGUCACCUCUGGAUACUGAGGACAACACUGUCAGUUUUACAGCUCUGUACCAUUUGCUUAUAUAGUAGAAAAGUUCUGUCUUUCCCAUCCUCUUUUCGUCUGUCAACGCUUUGUUUACUAAAUGAAUGCAUUACUGAAUUACUGAAUGAUCAACUCUCGAGUUUGUUCUUAAAUCCGUGGCCCCUCUGUGCCACCCUCAGGUCGAUUUUUCUGAAUCACAUCUAAUCGUACUGAACGAGAGCCCGCCGGUUCUUCCUGGGCUGCGUGUGGGCAGACUGGGAUGAAACAGGUGGUGAGGAGUGCGGGGCAUUGGAGAGGAAGGCUACCUCGGAAGCCAUGUAAGCCCCCCUGCUGUCUCUUCAGACCACACACUAAUCGCAGCCUGGAUCAGUUAGUUGGACGUGUUUUUCUGUGAGCCUGCAUGCGCUUACUUGUUCCUCUCAUGAUAAUGUGGCAGAAAAGCUUCCUUCUGCUAUUUCACUGCUCAGUGGAUCAUUUAAGAUCAUUUUACAUAGCUUAAAAGACACGUUUAAACUAGGAAUGGGCAUUAAAAGACAGUCCCUUGAUCGAUUAAUCACAUAAAUCAAUGAUCAAUCAUUGAUUUGAUCAUCUUUUAUUAUGCUAAUGGCAGAAAAUACACAAAAAACACCCCCACCCACACCCCCAGACUGCGUUCUACAUGCUUACUCACCAUGCUUCUUACAAUAGCAACAAUUUUUUCCUCAUUUAUGAAAUGCUAAAAUCAGGGACAUUUCCGAGGACAACUUUAGCCAAGAACAGGUCAUCCAAAAACGGGGACUAUCCCCUGGAAUCAGGGACCUCUGGUCACUCUACAGAGCCUCCUUGCUAGUACGGAGCUGAUGGUAGGUUGAGACUGAGAGCACUUGGAGGAUUCAUUAACCUCAGUUGGAUGUUCAUGUGCUACAUCACUGGGGCCGUUGACGUGUUUUACUUGUACACGGCAUUGCAGUGUCUGCAGCAACACCAAUCAUUUUUCUGCUCAAAAUGGUCCCAUUUCUUCUAUGGAAGCUCGCUGAUGCUGUAUCACUCCCCUUUAAAAUGUCAAAAUCCUUCACACUGUGAUAGUCACUGCAGUGCUUCAACACACGCACACACACCAACUGGACAAGGAGGGUAUCCCUCCUGAUCAACAGAGGUUGAUCUUUGCUGGAAAACAGCUAGAGGAUUGACGCACGCUGUCAGCCCUUUUUAAUAACAUUAGAGCAAUCAAAAUUUUGCUUGAUCAGUGUUAUUCUUAAUGAUCAAUUAAUCAGUCAUCAAUUAAUCAUGCCCAUUCCUAGUUUAAACUAUAUUGUUGCCAUAGUUAUACUCUUGUUUGUAUAGGACUUGGUGACAUGGCAGAAAAUAAUUGUAUUCACUAGUUUGAUUUCUGGUGACUCAAUAGUUUUUCAUCUAGAAUAUUACAGUAGUGGUUAGUGGUGGUAGAGGUAAACUGCUCUCGCUCCAGAAGUGAACGCAGGAUGUCUGGUGAAGGGUCUGCUAAUCCUGUAAUUAUAUAUAUAAAAAAAAAAAAACUCCUGAAAACCUCCCAAAGUUUUCAGAGAGAGAGAUCUGCAUGUGCAGAUGCAAACAGCCAAAGUUUUCACUACAAAUUUACGAAGACUUUUUACAGCCAGCCCCCAGAAAAAUGCUCACCAGAGGUUGAAGUGAGGUCAGACGUGAGAACAUGUUAUGAAAUAUUCACUGGUAGCAAGCGGACAAGGGUGAUGAUGAUAAUGUGUUGUGAUCAGCGCAGGAGGUUAAAACCUGGAUGGAUUUAUAGAUGCAUAAAAACCUCCUGAUUUUACAAUGAGAGACCUGCAAAGAUACUUGGCAUGGAGAGGUUUAAAUUUCAGGAGUCUGGAUGCAAAAGCGGCUUGUUUAUAAAUUUGUUUUUCUGUAAUGUCAGCACUUUCCAGAUGUUUCAGGAUAACUAGUUUACCUUAUCCGUGUCUAUUUUGCCUCUUUGUUUUCACCCUUUAUUCCUUAUUUUACUGUGCUCUCACAGCUCAAACAGGGUUUUACUGUUGGCACUAACUUCCAUCAUGCUGGCACACGCACCAUUUCCGUCAUGUGAGCGGCUGUUUUCUCUCUCUGGAUCCAGUUCAAUCUUCAGUUUUUGUCAUAAUUGAUUCAUCGAUUCGUCACUCAGCUAUAUCACAUCAGUGCCAGACUGGACGCGACUUUACUUCCUUGUUAAUCAUCUCUUUAUUGAGCUCGUAUUAGCAGGCAGGCUGAUAGGCUUUACGAGGCCCUGAUGACCUAGGGGUCAUCAGAUUUUGGGUGGGGCUGUUGCUUUUGUCUUUGUGAUCCCUUUGCUCAGUGUGAGACUCCACAAGGCCUCCCUGAUAACAGAUUAGUCUCACAGAGGCCAAACAUGCCCUCUGUUGCUCAUUUGAAUGCAUAAUUAACACGAUAACAGCCUUUGCUGAACUGUGUGUUGGUAUGUUAGAGGGACUGAGGCGAGAAGAGAGGCAGUUUGUGAUGUUGUGUUAUGUGCUGCAUACUGUGCAUGAACACUGAGAAGCAGGUCACUGUGGGGGGAAGCUUUAACUCUUUUUUUUAUUCAUCAUAAACUCUGAUUAAAGGGACAGUUUUCAUCAUUUGGUAGAAACUGGUCGGUGUCUGAAUGUCAGAACCAAUUUUUGACAUGUGCAUGUAGAUUCAUUGGUUGCUCAAGCGCUCCGAAAACUUGUAACAGUGGAGUUGCUCUUGUUAAUGAAGAGCAGGCAGUACUGUGUGUGUGCUGUUUUGAACAGAUGGACCUUGAGAGGAGUAAAGCUGUGUUCGACCACAGGGAGAAAUGUUGGCACUGAUGCUGCUGCAGGGCUCCCCUCCUGUCCGUCACACACGCUGCUCUCCGGGCUGCAGUGAUUCUCAUCAAAACAGGAUGAUCCAGACUGGACGAUAAUUGUUGCCCCUGUUCCGCUGGUUUGAGAUUAAGAUGUACUUCUUAGGUCUCAGCUUCUUUUAAUUAAACCUUUGUGUCUUCUCUCAACAGGAAGGAGCCACAGCUUGAUAGCGUGACCUUUGCCCCGUCGACUCAGCAGUGAUGCACUUCUCUGGAGACACCCGCACGCAGAUGGAUUAAGAGGUGAGUUUCCAGUCCCUCCAUGCUUUCAUUACCCUGUUUUGUUUUCUUAUCUGUGUGUGAUGAAACCCUAGAGCUGGUCAGAGCUUUGUGUCGUGGUGCAUUGGUGCUGACGGAGGAUUGACAUUCUGUAUAUUCAGCUUUCACUGGGAACAACAAGCGUUUGAUACGCCUUUUGGAAAGUAUCCCACUGCUGAUGGGAAGUGGUUGGUUGUUAAUGAUGCAAAGACAGACCGAUGUAAGUGAUCUAUUUCACAGUCUAUACACCAGCUGCUGGAACCUGAUCACGCUGGUUUGAGUUUACCUGCAGGCCCGGGGAAACCUAUCCGAGGCGGCUGCUGAAUAUUUCAACAGUGCUGUCAGCUGGCCUGUAUAUUUUCAGGUUUGGUGUUUCUCAAUGUAUACUUGAUGAAUAUCACGCAGAGUCUUCGGGGCUAAGGUCAAACACAUAUCACAAUCAUCAAACCAUUCAGUAGAAGUUUUGGCGCUGUGAGCAGGUGCGAAGUCUCAUUGGGAAAGAAAAUCAUCAUUUUAGGAAAGAAAAGCUCUGAAACCUCCUGGUUGACGACUGCGUUGACCUUAGACAUUGACACCUGAUAUUGUGGGGGGGGGGUUUAUGAGUGGUCAUAUAUCUCUAUUGGGAAAUUGGGGGUUUGAUCUAAGGUCCCACUGUCCACACUCUUAAGUAUCCUCAGGCAAACAAUUAACCCCUUAUACUGCUCUUAUUGGCUGCUUCCGGCAGUAUGAAGAUAGGAUUAGCUUACACUGAUGGACGCUUUAUACAGCAGCUUCUGCCUCCACUGCAUGAAUGUGUUGUGAAUGAGUGAACAUAGUCAGGAGUCUAGAGAAAGAGAGAUAUUAACAUAGUCCAUCAUCUAUUUUACCAUUUCACUGAGCUUCAAAACUGGAUCGAACCUGCAGCCCUAUGACUGACAGCCCACAUCCUGUGAUGCAGCGUCAGCGCUUCUGCACAGCCGUUAAGAUAAUAUAUCCCUGAGCCUUAUUAUUGCUAACUCACACACAACUCACCAAAAGGAUAUUAAAAGCUUUCUGGAAAUCAAUUUAGACCCCACUUUAAGCAAGCCAAAGGAACCCUGUAAUAAAUCCAUGUGGCUGAGGUUGCUGUGUUGCUUUUGAAACAUGUGAACCACAUUCAAACAGUAAGGUGGUUUCUGUGCAACGCUGACCAAACGAAAACACAAUGCGCUCUUUGUGUUCAGAGGAGAUUAGAUGAAAGUCUGGUUUACUUAUUGACUCUGGAACCCAAACCUCAGAUAAUAAACACUGACCAUAUCGAGUUACAGUGACACUCGCAGACACUCUUGGCAUAGCCAGUCUGCAAAUAUUACAUAACAUAAAAUCUAGGGUACCAAAAAAAGAGCUAAAAACCUUUAAACAUGAGCAGAAACUCAGUUUGGCAGAAGAAAAGAUGAGGAAAGACAAAAGUCCUCUUUCUGAUGGAUAGGUAGGUAGGCGGGGAAUUUAAAUAAUCUACCUUAAACAGCUGAUCUAAUUUUAUUAAAAACACUUAAUUCUGCCUGAAAUUAAAUGAAACACCUCCUGGGCGCUGUCCAAUUGCAAACAUCAGGUGUUCAUCUGCAAGUCGAUAAAAUGACUCACUGCGAUGUGCCAUAUCAGGAGCUCUGGCUAACACUUCCACUCUGCAGCAUAAGGUCCUGUCUAAGCGUGUUUGCACUUCAUAUAACAUAGCAGCCACAGCAGUGGGAUUUUCACAUCAGGAAACAGGCAGCUAUAGUGAACUCAGUGACCUCUUCACCCUGUCAGCUUCCUUAUUAUCCUCACUCAUGUACUGGAGCGCAUGUAACGGAUCCUUCAGUGGCCGUGACGGCCUGAAAAGGAUCAGACGAUGGUUGGAAGUCCAAAGAAAAACCAUGUCUGGAAUGUUCUCUGGCGCAUUGCAGCUCGUCUAAUCACAUCAGCGUGUGAAGAGGCUGAUUGUGUGGUCAGCAUGCACAUGUGUAUUCAGGCUUAUGAAAGAAUAACAAAGAGUCAAGCAACCAGCAGACUUUUCCAAGCUGAUAGACACCCAGCUUGUUUAGUUUAUCAGUCCAGGUCAGUUAAUCCUGACCAAAGUUAUCUCAGCGCACUCCCAUACUGAGGUCAUAUCUUGACCUUAUAGUUCGACAUGCUCCAAGACAUCCAGUUCACUCAGUUUGCUCUCGUCUCUGAGUUAGUCUGUGCAAUACCAGGGGGAGACGUGUUUAUAUGCAGCAGGUAAUAGUCAGGAACGUGGGUGAAGUUUUCACGCUGAGCUGAGUUUUGCUGCUUUACACCCUAAAAGCACUUGCAUGUCUUUACUACAUGUUUAAUAUGACGAUCAAUGAUAGAAAAUAUCAGGAUCUGAACAGCCUGGGUUGUCUGAAUGCUGUGAAAAAAACCUCAUGUGGUGAUUUGUUUUCUUUUCCUGAUUGUUUUGGGGUGUGCGAGGUAGAAGAGCUGCCGGCUGAUGCUUCCUCGCUCGUCACACAGCACCAUGAAAAGAUCUCUGUCUUCCCUCAAACACUCAGGAGACAUUACCAUGGCAGCAGGGUUUACUUUCUAUGUGUCUGCUGUUUGGAUUACAGCAGCGAAAGUGUGUAUAAGAGAGGAGGAGAGGAUUCUCAGAGAGGAUUUUUGGCUCCUGCUUCCAACACGUGGCUGCCAGUAGAUUCUCCUCCUGAGUGAACGGAGACACGGAGACGGCUAAGUGCUGCUCAUCUUCAGCUCGGAGCAGGAAGUCAUUUGGACAAAAUGGGUCUUUUAUUGACUGACCCUCUACCUUGACUGACUAGACUCUUCGAUCUGAGAGUCUUUGGUCUACUGUUUAUGAAGGAUGAAAGGAAGAAAAAUGUUUGAUGUUUGUGGUCAUCACUCAGCUGAUACCCUUUUAUACCUUUUUUACGUCUGUCUGCGUUCAAGGUCUAAAAUGAAGUAUGUUUCACUCUGUUAUUGUGGUGUCUGUCUUUCACUCUCCAGUCUACUUUCUUGCCAGUUCUCCUAGUCUUUGUUUUUUCACCAUCUCUCAGUCCUUGAUUUCAGAGUCAGACAGUUUGGAACUUUUUCCUAAACAUCUGCAAAGAAUAUCAGGUAAUCUCUGCACACAAUGAAACAUGCAGUUUUAAUCGCAGUAAGUUCCAUCAAGGUGAACGUUGUCGCUGUCCGAUGAAAAACACGUAUCUGCACUUUUAGCGAUCUGGACUUUUUUUCAAUACAUGCAUGGUCCAUAAUCUUCCCUAACAACCUGUAGUUUUGGGUAUCCAAAUGACUGAUGAUAGACAUUUUAUAACAUCAUCCUUUUAACAAGUGUAACAUUGGGUGUCGGAAGUGUCAACAAAGCACGUAUCUCCCAGUCUGGCCCUGCGUUGUCGUGUCAGCCAACAGACUUUACACUGUGACAGGUUCAUUUCAGUCCAGGGUAAUUUUAUGCUAAUGUCGCCACAACUACUGAUGCUGACCUAAAACCUUUUUCUAACUAUGACGGUGUUGCUUACCUGUAGGUUGAAUUUUUUUAAGCCAAAGUUUAUCCCCAGAGGCAAAGCUGCUGCUGUUUUCUCUUUCACACUCGGUCGAGGACCAUAGUGCAUGUUAAAUUGAGAGCCGCGACUCAAAAAGGUUGGCAAUCAAUGUGCUAUGUGCAAAUGUAGGAUAGCCGGCUAUGAAUAGUUUAUCAACAUAGUGGGACAUAAACAGGAUACUUGAAACUUGUAAAUAACUGGAAGUCAUUAGAGCGCAUUAUGUAAAAAAACACGUGUCCACUAUCACUCACAAUGCAAAGUACGUUAGUCCGUUUAAAAUAUCAAACAGGUCACUGAUGACUGUGUAAAUAUAGAUUUUUAUUUUGGGUCCUAAUUGUGUCUAAUUACAAUGUUCUGGGUUGAUUUUGAAAAGUAGUCUAUGAACAAAUUUUUUUUUAAUUUCUGAAAAAAACACAAUUUUUAGAAAUACAUGUUUUUAAUUGGACAGUGACAAUUUGUAACUCUACUUUCCUGUCGAGACCCGUCAAAAAGAGAGGCCUGCAGAAACCAAUUAAUGAUUUAAUUCAAAACUAGAGAGUUUAAUUUUGCUCAGUGUUUAACAAACUUUAAAAUCUAAAAAAGUACAGCUUAAAGUUAUUUCUGUCAAAAUUCUUCUUCAAAUGUUUUAAAAAUACUCAAACCUUUACAUCCACAAUUAAAGCUUGUGGCUGGCCUUCUGUUCUUGUCCCAGUUUAUAAGCAUCUUCCUCCAGGUGUCAUGCUCCCUUUAAGCUUGUUCCUACAUGGUCGUUCCGCAGAUUUGACUCACAACAUUUUGUAAUAAUCAUCAUGUGUUUGAGAGUGGUUAACACGAUGGACAAACUCUUCCUCUUGUACGAUGCAACAGUUUUAUAUUUUCACUCUUUUUUUCCUUACUCUGUUCAUUUUAAAGCAUGGUGUGGAAACUGUAGAGCAUGAAUAGGUGCCAUUUUUAGUCCAAUGGAGAAUAUAUUGUACAUGAAAGCGAAAGACCCUAAGAAGUUGGAUUUUGUGCAUAUCUAGUUGGCUUUAAAGGUAUUUUAAAAAUCCAGUUUCAGUUGGAUUUGAGCCUAAUCUGGUAGAUGUGGGUUUCAGGAGCCAUCAGCUCUGAGAAUGGACCAUUUUAUCUUGUGCAACAGUUUUCAGUCACAUCUAGGACACCUCAUGAUCCCCUGACAGAAAGUCAGACAUGUUUGAGGUUUCUUUCUUCCACCUACUGAUUGUCUAUCACCUCAGCGAUGGUGACCAAUGAGAACACAGAGCACCAUGCAACCCACAAAUACACAGUGUAAAUGAACUUCCCGCCCACUCCUCCUGUUCUCUACAAAAGGUCAUCCGGCGUCCUGCUGGACUCGUAUCAACACACCAACAGGUCAGAACAAGGUCUCUAGUCCUGCAGCAGCCUCCGGUUUGGGCCGCUGCUGGCAGUUCUGUAUUGGAUGUGGUGAGUGUGCAGUUUUUGUACAGUGGCAGCUCCAUCAUAGUUUACUUUAAUGUUAAUGUAUGCAGAACUCAGCAUGAAACCCUCUUUAGAUGGGAGCGGGAGGAGAGGGAUGCUGUUGUGCAUUAGCCUAAAGGGGAAGGGAGGGGAGGUAACAAGCUAGAGGAGGGCUUUCUUGUCUCCAGUGGGAGAAAGAUGAGAGGCAGAGAGAGGGGAUGUAUAGAUAGACAGCGGGGGAUGGUGUCAGGAGAAAGACUGCUUGGGUGGGGUACCUUGUCCUCACAAAGCCUAUCAUGCAUACAUUAUCACUGAGUCAGGCUGGAACGACUUAUAAAGACUUGAGAGACAAUACUUAGGCCCCAACUACACAAAUGCGGAUAUAUUUCAAACCGCACAUAUUUCCGAUUUGGCCUUCCUACCACACCAAAACGGGAGUUUGGAACACUCAAACCAGAUAAAUCUGAAUCCGAAAAAACAAGUGGAGAAAUAAAAAAAUAUCCGUAUAAGUGGAUUCGUGUGGUUGGACUUUUACGGAUCGAUGACGUCAAACUGCAGCUCGCGCAUUCGAAUUAAAAAGAAAUACAACAACAACGAUGGCGGACAUACAGGGUAUUCUUUACGUUUGUUUUGCCCUUUUUAGGGCUAAUUUCAGCCUUGAAAAUGAACCUUGUUUUAUACAAUUACAUCCACCAGUCAGCCAGCUCACAGAGGCGUCUGCUUUGUUAUAGCCGCCACACUGUCACAUGGACCCGACGCACUAGCAUAGCUCCCGCAAACAAUGCAUGACGCAUCACGCUGUUACGAUUCAUCGGCCAAUCAGGUAGCUUUGUUCCUGAAUUUUUUUUAAGCGGCACCAGAUAGGAUUGAGUUUGAAGGCUACGUGUGGACGCAGAUAUUUUUGAGAACUAACACGUGUGGACAGAUACAUUUAUUUAGACGGGAGUACAAAAAUAUCCUGAUAAAUAAAUAUCUAUAUACGUGUAGUCCGGGCCUUAGUUGGAUGAUGCAGCGUAUUCAAGUCUGCAGUGGAUCCUUGAAUUCUUGUUAAUUUUUGUUUUGUGUCUCAGUCACAGGGGGAACUCUCUUGACCUUAAGUUUCCUCUGCUAUUUUAAUCCAUGUUGCAUCAAUAGUACAAGUAAUGUGACUGAACUGUGCUCCACUGUUUGUUGUCACUCUUUGAACAUCCUCUGUGGGGAUUUUAUUAAUAACUUUCCCUCAUUGGCUCUAUUCUCGGGAGACUGGAGGUGGCGAGGUAAAUGCUGCCGUUAUCAGCUCCGCACCGCCUGCAGUCUGUGCACCAUAAAUAACAACAAAAUAAAAGAGUCUGAGUUAAAAUCACAAGAUUGAAUGACAUGUAUAUACAUUUCAGACAUGAUUCAUUUGAUGUUGUUCAGGGGGGAUGACGCUGCUCUCAUGCACAGCGAUUUCAGCGGGUAGACUGUGUUCGAGUUUGGAGCUGGGGGAUGAAGUGGUAAUGACAAUUAUCAUAAUGGAACUUUUAUUAAAGUUAUAAAAAAUGCAAUCAGGAUAACAUUAUAUCCUAAUUCAGAAUAUGAUCAAACUAGGCUAAAAACCAGGAUAAUGCUAUGUCCAUGUAAACACUCUCACUGUUUAAUUAAAAGUUUAAGUCAAUGGUUUGUUUGCAAUUUUUAAUUGAUUUGUUAUUUGUUUAAUGGAAAAACGACUUUUUAAAGUCUGUUUCUGCAACAGCUACCUUGCAGGAUUUUUCUUCCCUGACAUUAAAAAGUUCAUUUGACAGAAUGCCCCUUUUAAUAUUUGGCUUUGUUGGAAUUUGCUGUCAUAAUCCAGGUUUUGAACCCAGAUUAACACAUUACAUUUGAAUGCAACAAACUCCAAACUGCUUCUAACUGGAAUGAUCCACAACUCGGUGCACGGUGAAAAAGGAGCUGCAAAUGUGGGAGGACUCUGUGUGUGUGUGUGUGUGUGUGUGUGUGUGUUUGCAUUUAUUUCCACCGUCUGUGAGAGUGGGUGGUUGUGUGCUGCUUGGGAAAGACUUUGAGCACCAAGCCCUCCCCUUCUCGCUCGUUCGCUCGCCCUCUCUUUCUCUUUCCCUCUCUUUCCUCCUCCCUCUAGCAGCUGUUUUCCUGCCUUCUCUGGGAACUGGAGCCAGGCUGUUUCCCCUCCGAUCUUUGCGUCACAAGCAGGAACUCACCGACUUACCGACACAAACACACACACUCACACACACACACACACACACACACACACACACACACUUCUCUCUCUUUCUGUCUCUGCCCUGUCCCACUCUCGUCUGGCUGUUGACUGCGUGUUGACCUCAUUUUGGACUACAGACUGAGGAGCAAGUAUUCCCACUCCUCUACUUGGCUGCUGUGAUAGCGUGUUCACGUUGCUGUGUGAGAGCCGCCGGGCUGUUGGGAGAAAUGCUUUCAUGGUAAGAUGUUUCUUCCCACCUCAGAGACCACUCCUGUGUCUUGACCUCUUGUUUGUGCUGCUUCCAGUCGGGGACUUUUACGAAGGUUUCCCGUCUCUCAGUUGGCAAGAUUGUUGCUGAGCCUCUGCCGGAUUGUCGGCUCUCUAAAGUCUUUACAACUUCGCUAAAGUAUCCUGCUGUCUCGGAGCAGUACCCUUAUGAGUGCUACAAAAUGUUAAAUCCGCAGGGUCUCCAAAGUGAAACUGUGCUGGGGUUGAAAAGUUCUGGUUUUGGUCAGGGCUGUUAUUGUUUCUGUGUGGCUUCACUUCAUAUUCUCCUCAUGCCCAAUCGUCACAUCUCUACUUGUUUGGCUCUGCAUGCAAAGUGGAGAAACUGAGUCAGGUGACAGGUCCAGUAGGUCUGUAGCUGCUAGUCUGAGCCCUUCAGUGUAGCGUUUCACACACGUGAGUAACCGGGAGGCGGGACAGUCACACACUUACCCAUGAUGGACGACUUUGUGGAUUGUGUUUCAGCGCUGACACACCAGGCCUGUUAAUCCCAACUUGUAAUUACAGUAGGCAGAGCCAGCCGUCAUCUGAUUGAGCUGCUGUGUAAACACGGGUCGCAGCAGAACAAACAAUACCUCAUUUGUCGAGCAAGUUUUAAGCCGUCUUUGAAGUGUUGCAAGGAUAGAAAUCAGAAUAUGUGAUUCCAGCGACCUGUUUGAGGGAAUAUACUGUGGCUUUGUUUUUCGCAGGAGGCUGCAACACAAACUACAGGAUAAUUUUAAGAUGUUUGAAAGGAUGAGAGAGGAUCAUUAAACUCCUAUUUUAAUAAGUAUUCCAUGUUUAUUGAACUUUUUGUGUUGUUGGAAUUUGACUCUCUAUUCCCGACACUGUCAGAAGUUUAAGGCCUGUGGUUUUUGACCUGCACGUCAGGUAAUACGUCAUAAAGUUUUGGAUUGACAGGAAAAGAUCUCAGUGCUGUCUGGAUCAGCCCGACAACUCUCUGAGUAGACCUCACGGUGCUCAGAAUACUGCAGACAGACUGACUGAUGAGUGAAACAUCCCCUGUUUAAAGCAACGUUUCACCUCCAGGCGACAGGCGGUAAAUAUAAACCUGAAUGUUAUUUAUGAAUGUGGACCAAAUAAGAGCCCAAUAUUACUGGAAAUUAAUGUUUUAAAAACUGUCUGUAACUCUGGAAAUCCUGUAAUCUUCAUCAUUAACAGUAAAUCUGCUUAAAUGCUGCAACAGUAGUUUUUGUCUCAUUUUGCUUUGCUUCAUUUUUUUCAUUUUGCUGGGAUUUAGAAAGCAUGCAUUUAUGCAGCAUGAUGAAAAUCAACCUGUAUUAGUGUUUCGUGCUUUUUAUUUUACCGCAGGCUUCUGAAACUGUCCUUGCUCCCACCUCCGCUUUCGCGCAGCAGCCCCUAACCCCUCAGCCUCCCUCUGUUGGUUCCUGUACUUGUCGCUUCAGCGAAUUGGCAUCUUAAAGACUGUAGCAUGAAUCUAAACGUACAGAUAACCCCCUUUAUAAAGCAGGUCUCAGUAAUUAUAAUAUCUUGGUUGGUUUUCUAAGAGUGUCUCUUUACUCCCCGCUCCAAAUAAAAACUGUCCUUUUUGUCAGCUCAUGGUUCAGUGAAGCACAGAUGACAGACGUAGAUGCUCCUGCAUGUGUCGUCAGUCCUCCCAUCUGAUGUUGCAAAGCUAAUGUGCAGAUAAUAGGGUCUGUGUGUGUGUGUUGGUGAUACUUCAAAGCUGCUGCAUUACCAGUCUGUCUUUGUUUGCGCUAAAGUGGAGUGAGUGUGUGUGUACAUGUGACUUAGCUUCUUACUGAAUGAGGGUUGCUUGCGUGAAGACCGUCUGUGCGUGUUUGAUAUGCUAACAAUGGUUGUUCCUUUUGGACUGUUUAUAUUAAACUCCAAUAUCAUGUGCUGAGGCCCUGAAAUUAAAGCUCCAGUGAGGAACUUUUGUUGUCACUUUUGUCACCCCUGUGGACAGGUCUUACCUUUUUUUGCCUUCUGCAUGUUUAAGUAGAAUCUUCUUACAAAAAAGGGUUAUUCCGCAGACUUUUAAAAGAAUAACCUAAAACUGCCCUCCUUGCACCAUAGUCAGGCUUUAAAAAUAGCAACAUUUAAAUUGCCAAUCUUAUCGCUGAUGGUCGUGUUCACUUUUGUAAGUCACAAAUGUGAAUCAUUAUGCAUUUGGGUCUCUCUCAUGAGCACAGAAAACCUCCUCAGAAGAGCUUUAAGUUCUGUUUUUAUUAUUGCAUUUGAAAGGUUAUAUUUAAUGUCUCGAAAGGCCCCUUUUAAAACGUUAAUAAAAGAGUUAUUUUAGUUUUAAUUUUCCAUUGUUAGAUGGAGGUCGUAAGAAAAGGUAAUGUCAGUGGCCAUAGCUGAAAUACUAUGGCUUAAAUAUAGCUUAAAUACUAUCGUAGCUCAAACAUAUCCUAAAUACUAUCCUAGUACUUCUUAAGUGUAGCAGCAUUUUACCCUCAACUUUACAAAGCCCUUUGAAGCAGAUCUUUCUCACUUUGCUAGACUGCUGCUGCUGAUGCAUUAGGUGAGAUAUCCUAUACAUAAAAAGAAGUGUACACCCCCCUCUUUCUUAACUGCAGAGCGUGAGGCGGUACAUCCUCAACAAAAUGUGCAAUAGUGGUACAUGCUUUCCACAGGUGGAGAGGAGAGUAGGGAGAGGAGCAGGAGCACUAAUGAGCUUAUGAAUGCUAAAAAGUGAGAGACAUGUUCCUGAACCAUAAUAAAAUCCAAGCCCCAGCCUGGAUGUUAUAAAAGAUGCCCCAUAAAAGCUUAGGGAGACCAGCUGAUUUAUUAGAUCAGCAGCCUGUGAUAAAAUGUGAGCGAUAAAGAGCUCAGAUCCUCCAGUACUUUACAACACAGUGAAAUCUGACAUUUAAUUUAACAAGUAUUUUCACCAAAAUGAAGCCAGAGCUCUCAAAGUAAAGUGAUGCAUUGGUCUGUACAUAUGACUAUUAAAAAAAUGUAAAUAAAGCAUAAAGGAGCGUAAGUUAACUGAUCAAAACAAAUCUGGUUGGGAGAGAUGUAAUAGGUUUGCUUUGUGCACUUCUAAAAGGGCACUUAUAAAAAAAGGACAAUACUGACUGUCCAAACUUUUGACAGUGGAAAUCCAAAUAUUUUCCUCUCCCCACUCUGCCGCCUCCAGACCAAAACUUCACAAUCAGUUUUUAAACGGAGAUGCUGACAGAUUUUCUUUUUACUUCUUGACUUCGAAAAACAAACACUGUAAUCCCCAGUAACUGAUGCAGAAAGUCAGCAAAACCUGAUCUGUUUUUCUUUGUCAUCUGUGAAUCAAAUUGUGAUUAAAGGCAUUUUUUUUUCCUUUAUUGAAACCAGUUACUUAAGUAGAAGUUUCUGUUGUGAUAUUUUAACCUCGUAGGACACUAUAAAACCAGGUCUUUGACAGCCCUAAUGCCCAGAAUGAAAAACUAAAUCUUGAUCAGUUUAAUAACACAAUAAUUGACUUGAACUCCAGCAAUAGAAGAGAAGCUUUAAGAGCUUUAAUAGCAGCAGAUUGACUCCUAAUUUAGUAACAAGUGCACGGUCUCUGCUUGGCUGGAUUGCAGACAUCUUUAUAUGACAUCGUAUAUACUGGAAAUUAAUCGGUUGAUGUAACUCUGGAGGGCAGAUCUGAAACCGAAGUGAUUUCUCUCAUCACAUUUCCCCUCCCGUCUCCGCCCGAUCACCAUGAAUCAUUCCUCUCUGUCCUGCUUUCUAAUUGUUUGACCUGCAGGUUCCAUUCCCUGAUGGGUUAGCAGUGCGCUUGAACAGCCACCAGCUAAAUGAUGGCGGCGAGGCGUCGUAUUUGUCAUGUAUGUUGCAUGUACACGUUCCGAAAUGUGAGCCGGGCGGUCGAUAGCAGCUGAGAUUAGUCUGUGCCUGUGACUGUGUUGUGCUGUGUGAUAAAUAUUCCUGUCAUUUGUCCGAAAAUGGUCUCAUGCCUCAUGUCAGCUGCUGUAAAUUAAUUAUUAUGGAAAUGCAGAGCCCGUCACCCUUCAUGGCUCGUGGUCAGGAGAUAGUGUUCUGCAAAUAACUUCCUCUGCUGGGAGGCGUGUAUGUUGUAUUUUCAGGCUGGUGCGUGGUGUUGUCAAAGCUGUUACCCAUUUAUCACGUUGUCGUUCAUUAUAUUUCUAUCUUGACCUCAAGUCCCCUCUCACCUCAGCAAUUCAAAAGCGGAAACUAAGGCUUCGCCCAGUCAAAGUCGAACUUUGACAGUUGUACAGUCAUGUUGUUGCUGUGUGACCUGAAUGAAGGGUCACAAACAACCUUAUGUUGGUGGUUUUCAACUAAUCUAAUAGUGUACUAUGAAAUCAAGUUUUUGCUUGAUUAAUUAAACUCAGUUAUGUUAUGUUAAAUACAUCAGCCACAGGUCCUUCUUUUUGAAUCAAAGGACUGGGCCAUAAUCCGAGAGGAGAAGUUUGACCUAAGACAAGCUGCAGCCAGAACUGGAAUUGAAUUAGGGGUGGGAGAAAAAAAUUGAUACAACAUAAUAUUGCGAUAUUUUGCCUUGUGAUAUAUCUUAUCAUCUCAAUGACGAAGUAUCGUUUUUUUUGUUUUUUUUUCAAAUUAACUGUUUACGUGAAGUCAAAUCUCUGAUAAUGGAAAAUAAUAUCAACUGUUUGUCCAGUGAGGUUGGCAGAGGUGACAUCAUAGAGCAGGAGAAAGCUAGUGCACAAAAUAUAGCAGCACCUGGGGAAAGACAUUAGGAAUGCAAGCAGAGCACAAAUGAGAGUGUUUGAAAAACACAAUAAUAUCGUAUCGUGGCCUAGGUAUCAUGAUAAAAACGUAUCAUGGGGCCACUGGUGAUUCCCACCCCUAGAUGUAAUAUGCAAAUCUGAUUUAGGAGGAAAAAAUAUAUAUACAUAAUUUUGUUUUAUCAUUAUUUCUGCACAUUUUCUGAACUUGCAGAUGGUACCUUAAACAUUGCAGUACCUUCAUAUUUCAGCACGACAAUGACAAACCACUUUCUGCAGGGAUUACAACAGCAUGGCUCUGUAGUAAAAGAGUCCUGGCGCUGAACUGACCCUCUUAUGUGUCCCCCAUUGAAAACAGAUUAAACUGUACUUUGGUUCCAAAAAAUAGGACAGAGGAGACCCUAAACUGUUGAGCAGCUAAAUCCUUCAUCAGGCGAGAAUGUGAGAACUCCUCUUAUACAUGCAUUACAUUUACGUCUUUGUCCAUUUGUUCCAGUCCAUUCUGUAAACACACGCACGCACUUCCCCUGGUGGGCCAGUCCCAGGUUCUCUUCUGUACUUUCCCUGGAAGAACCAUGAGGAGUCCUUUCCUGAGAAACUGUAGGGGAGGCUGAAAAACAUUGAAGGGACUGCAUAUAAAACAGAGCAGUGGAGGAUUUGUACUGUACUGUACUGUACUAUACAUCUGGAACAGCUUCUCAUGUCUUCUGGGAAACUCUGCGUGUGUUUGGAAGUGGCGUGGGGCUCAGCUCACUGUGUACGUACACUCCACAUGUUCUUAUAGGGAAAAUAUCAAUUGCAUCACAUUAGUUGGCUUGGAAAAAGAAAGUGUAACUUGUAUGGUUGUAUUCAGCCAAAAUCAGCAAGUUUCUGCAAAGUCCAGCCCUGUCUACUUUAAUGUUUAAUCACUGGAGUGUCGUAUUAAAAAAAGGCACUCUCCUCUGAAUAGUGGUGUUAAAUAUGCAUGCUUUGCUGUAAAUGGUAGAAUCCGCAUUAGUUGGCAUUGGUUUGAAAUUCAAACAAAGCCUGAUGGGGUGGUCUCUGAUGGGGACAAAUCUAAGUAAUGAGUGCAGUUAAUUCCUGCAGCUGUCAGCGCCGUUGUUGUGUAAUGAGCUAGCUCACAUGUGAAGCCAGCUGUUAUUACAGUUACAGUACAGUUUGACACUUGAACACCAAAACAAAAAGAUGCUUCACACACGAGGAAAUUCAUAAAUGUGUGUUUGUGUGUGUGUGCACGCUCUGGACUGACAGCUGAAGAGAAAAAACUAGUCCUGCAGUAAAGCCGAUUUGGUCCAUUAUUUCUCCUCCUCUGUCAUUUUCCUUUCUCUCUGCAGCUUUGAAGGGAAUCCAGCUCUCUGUUGGCCAAAACUCUGCCUGUGUUCAUGCUGCUGUCUGUGUUUUAUAAGUUUUAAAGAUUUCCUCUUGUAUAAAAAUGCGUAUGGUCUUCAUCAGUGUUGGAUAAACGCUCACCUGACUUUGAUAAUGUAAGCUGGAGCACUUUCUAACGUACGUAUCAGUGACAGAGCAGCUGUUUGUGUUGUUGUGUCAGUAAUAAGCCAGAGUUAAACUUCAUCAGGCUUUUGUUUUGUGUGUUUUCAGGACUGUGGUUCCCCCUGGCUGAAGCCAGCCUGCAUCCCAACAUAUUGCACCACCCAGGGCCUGCUGUGUCACCACUGCGCCCAUGAGGUAACCUCAGGACUCACGGCCCCCUCAUUACCACCCUCGGUCUGUCCAUCACCCUCCCCCUCUGUUCCUUCCUCCCUCUGACCCUCCCAGCCAUGGGCCAGAAGAUCUCUGGCAGUAUCAAAUCUGUGGAUGUUCGCGGAGAGCCGUCGUACCGCCCGGUGCGCCGUGAACUGAGGGGCCCUGAUUUCUGUCGGCCCCCUAGACUGGAUUUACUACUGGACAUGCCACCAGCCAGUACUGAGACUCAGCUUCACCACGCCUGGAACCCGGAUGACCGGUCUCUCAACGUCUUUGUCAAAGAGGACGACAAGCUGACAUUUCAUCGGCACCCGGUGGCACAGAGCACAGACUGUAUCCGAGGGAAGGUGGGCUACACCAGGGGCCUCCACGUUUGGAGGAUCCACUGGCCGGCCAGACAGCGAGGCACACAUGCCGUUGUGGGCGUGGGCACUGCUGAGGCGCCGUUACACUCUGUAGGCUACACUGCAUUGGUCGGCUCGGACUCUGAGUCCUGGGGCUGGGACCUGGGUCGAAACAGACUUUACCAUGAUGGAAAGAAUCGUUCGGUUUCCUCGUCGGUACCCACAUACCCUUGUUUCCUGGAGCCAGAUGAGUCGUUUGUGCUCCCGGACUCUCUCACGGUGAUUCUGGACAUGGACGAAGGAACUCUGAGCUUCAUGGUGGACGGACAGUAUCUGGGAGUGGCUUUUAGAGGGCUGAAAGGAAAGAGACUUUAUCCCAUCGUCAGUGCUGUUUGGGGGCACUGCGAGGUAUCAAUUCGCUACGUCAACGGACUUGAUCGUAAGUGGCUCACACGAACACACACAUAAACUCACAAAAAGACACACUUUAAAGUUAUUAUUGUUUUAUUUGGCUUCAAAAUUUUAUCAGGGAUUCUGUAGGUUAAUGUAAAGUCUUUGUAUAUGUGCUGAAAUAAUAGAUCCGAAUGCGAAACUAAAGUAGAUCUAAUAUUUGAAUCUCUGUGAAGGCAGGAUCAUCUCAAAAAGGAAGCUCAAAAUAUGCAGAUUUGUGCCUGGUUUGGCACGAUUCUUGCAUCACUGCAUUAAACUGUGUAGCAGCAGAUGAGGUUGGUCAUUUUUUCCUUGUUGCAUAAAUAAUCAUGAACAGGUUUUACAUCUUGACCUGCCCCCUAAAGCCCUAACUGCCCUGCAUGAGGCAAGCUCUGUAUCCUCCAGGCUUGUUCCUUUUUUCCAAGAGUCUCCGACUACUCCAUUUAUCUGAGGAAAGCCCUGACUGGUUCCUCUUCUGUGUAAUAAGCGUGAAAUAUGUGGAGUUUUAGGGUUUCGAAAGCUCUAUCCUCCGGCAGUGCUGGUGUGGCUGCUUUCCAAAAACUUCCACUCAAGUCUUUUGCCGUCCAGAAAUGUCAAGGAUUUGAUGUUUAGGGCAAGACUCUGGAAACUUUACCAGCAGAUGUGUCUGUUUUUUUUUUUUGUCCGAGAGCACAGAGAAUAGAUAUACAGCGCACAGCUCUGUCUGCACUGAUCUAUAAAAAGCCCACAAUGAGAGGGACUGGGGCUUUGUUUACCAAUAGGAAGCAGCUUACACAUGCCCGCGGUGCACUAUUUCUAGUCUGCUUUUCUCUAUCGCUUUUUAACACACACUUUCAAGUCCUCAAGUCUGUCUGCACCCUCAGAGGGCAAACCAGACCACUGUAUUCAAUUCUCUGGUAUAAUUAGAAUAUCUGUUCCCCCACCAGUGUCCUUAUGUCCCCUUUUUCAUGCGUCUCUCUGCUCCGCUGCUCUUUUCCAUUAAAUGUCAUCCUUCCAACUAGUUGUUCUCUCCAUCCAGUCUGCCCCUUGGAUUGCGUAAUAGCCCUCAGUCCUCCCUCCAGCUCCAGUCUGCAUGAUGCAUAAAGACCCAAGGCGGGCUGGAGGCGGUGCCGACAGUGUGGCAUGGACACCAUGUCCGUGGCUGCGAGCCAUGUGUGUUUGUGUGUGUACUUGCGUGUUUGUAUUUAUGGGUAGGAGGACAGCAGCCAGCAGAGGAGGAAUCCUGGAACAUGUCCCAGUGUGCCUCGAAGCUCAGCGUCUGGCCUUGCUCGGUGGGAAGCGUCAGGUUAGGUGUGUCUAUAUGUGUGAAGCAGCUUACAUGCACAUUAUUUAGUGUCCCACAUUCAUGCUUCAUCAUUACAGAGAGAAAAACUAGCGAUUGGGUAUUAAUCUCUAUCCCUUGAGCUUUUCUGAAUGUGCUUCCCGGUCAAAAUACGUUUUUAACGCUUCAAUAUGAAGACAGCCGUUAUAACUAUUCAGCUUACAAGUGAGUUUACACGAUUACUGCUAUCUGCUCUUACAAUUUGAAUCCGUCUGAUCUCUUCGAAUUCUGUGUCAUCUGUUUUCCAGCUUUGAAAUCUAUGCACAUUAAAAGUCACGACUUAACUGAACAGUUGUCUGGGUCCCUCUGGUUCAACUUGAAAUAAUCUCACAGACAGACAGAAGCUGUUCCCACAUUAAUGCGUAAUUUUCCUAUAAAAAAUAUGAAUUUUGCACAAGAGGCUCCUGUCUUUUACGGCCCCCAGUCCUGAUUUCUUUUUAACACAAAUUUUUAAGAGCCUUUCACCUGCUCUUUAUUUGCUCCACUAAACAAUGUUGCCAGAAAAGGACCCUUGUUUCACUGCCAUACCAGUUUCAUGCACCAUCGAAAAACACAUGAGAGACAUGAGCAUGUGUGAAGCAUCUGCUGACAGAGUGCAGUCAGAAUCAAUGGAGACGUGGCGGUUUGAUUGGGGGGAAAAAGGUGUACACUCCCUUUUAGAGUUCCAAUCACAUCUGCAUCUGUAUCCUUUAAACUUCAUCCUCUAUAUUUUUAGUUGAUUUGUGCAUAGAAUGAGAUCAGACAGACAGAAAUACAAAUCUACAUCCAAGUUGCUCAAGUGGGGUAAAAGAAACCUUGAGGAGCUCAUGAAGACAAACCACGAAACUCUGAAAUUAAAUCGCAUUGACCUGACCCGUCCAAAUAUUCAUCUUAUUUUGAGAAAUGUCAAGCCAAAAUUGUCAUUACGAGUUCCUCGAAAUGCGAAUUAAGUCUUAUCCCACUCAUUACAGCCAAUAAAGUCCUUGUUAUAACAGUCCUCUCUGCAAUGUUAGCCAUGGCUAAUGUGUGCAGGGACUAUAAAAGAAGUACAUACAGACAAAUAUGCUGCAAAAAUAUUCAACCAUUACUGCCUCCACACACCAAACGCGAGUGAAAUCAUUUGCACAAAUUAAUUACAUGUUAAGUCAAUGCAAAGACGCGAUUAGACGCUCCUACUACUCUGGCGGCGCAAAUGACUGGGCGGGAGUUAAAAAUGUCUCAACUUUAGCGGAUAUUCACGUUGCAAUAACUACUCCGCACGAAAGUUGCCGGGUGACGUAUGAAAACGGACGGUUGUUCACUGGUAUGUAAAAUGGAGGCCAAACUGGUCGUGUCGGUGUACGGGUGCCCCGAAUUAUAUGAUACUUUUUUUUUCAAUUACCGAAAUCAGAAUAAAUAGGAGCUGCGUGGAGGCAAGUGAGUGAGGAGGUCAGAUUACCUGGUAAAUUGUUAAAAACCUUCGUCUAUCACUUGUUCCCACCGGUUGAACUGGCAUGAUUACUGUUGAAAUUAACAUAAACAGCUAUAAACGAGUGAAUAAAGCGAGUAGAUACUGUUGGUCUUUUACAUCUGACAGUUUGGGAAAAUGUGCUUUUGCAUCAUUUUUAAGGAUAUGUCUGCUCAGUACACUUAAAGUGCACAUCAAACAAAGCAGGUUCAGUGGAUUAACACCAGUAGUUUCACGUAUUCUGAGAGUCACGUGUCAUUAUGGAAGAUUUAGUACUUUUUUUUGUUUGUUUCCUUUUUCACUUUAUUGUUGAUAUCUUAUUCUGAAUAUCGUUAUAACUGCAAACAAUGUUGCAGUACUACUGUGUUUUCAGCUGGAAAUGUUUAAAGAGCUCCUCCUGACAGAAUGCACAUGAGAAAUCAGUGAUUUCAGGCAUACGGCACUUUUCCAUCUUAUUACAGCAAAGGCGGCUGCAUCAGUAUGUAUGCUUUGAGAUGACAGGACGCCCCUAUUCCCAGAUCUUCCUCCUCCUGUGCAUCUUCUUAAUGUAGAUUUUCCCUUUUUUUCACUGCUGGUGUCCUGAUCUUUUACUUGUCUCUGAGUCUAUUCAUAUUCUUCUGUCGCUCUCCUCCCUCCUGCUCACACUCGUUCAUUCUUGAUCUCUUAUUCUCAGAAGAGAGAGGAGAUAAGUCUUGGUUUCCUCCCCCGUUCUGUCCUUCAAUGCUCUGCUUUUAAGUCGUUUUCUCAUCUCCUCUUAAAUCCUUUGGCUCCCAGUUCUGGAGACACUUGGAAGUGAACCCCACUGAGAUGUGAUUUGAUCAGAUUUUGACUCUUUGUGCUACUUGUAUCUCUGUCUACAAAACAGAGGAGGUCCUGGAGCAAGCUGUCCUCUCUUCAUCUUUUUGUCUUCGUCAAAACAAGCCGUGUGACGCAGAAAUUACCCGGCGAGCCUAAUGACAGCAUGCUGAUCCAAGCCCAUUUAAACCUGAACAAGUUAGACCAGUGGAGGGAAGCGUCUCACACACACACGCAAACACACACACUCACACACACACACACACACACACACACACACACACACACACACACACACACACACACACACACACACACACACACACACACACACACAGCCGUUGACAUGCCUCCCCUCCCUUUUUGCAAAUGAACCCUAUUUGACUCCUACUCUCUUUGUGUUUCAUCUCCUCCCUCCUGCUCUCCCUUUCUUCUCUUUCUUUCUCUCUUCUCAUGCUUUUCAGCUAUAAUCCUUCCUCUCUGUGUUUACACGCCCCGUUGUUGGUGACAGGUUGCCGUGGAGAUGGUUAAACUGACUUCUCUGUGGAUGGUUAAUCGUUGACCAGGCAGCUUGCUCGCUAGCUUCCUGGGCAAGGAUGUAAACGGGAUGUCUUCGUUCAGCAUGCCUGAAGUUCAGAGUUGUAGGAAUCUUCAAAGCACAGAUGUUCACUGUAACUUCUGUUAAAGCGUCACAUAUAUUAAGAUUGAACUCCUACGCUGCUGCAGAAAGCAAUCAUUGAGUUAAAAAUUAACCAGUCAGAGCUGUUUUUCUUGUUCAAACAGGAAGCAGCUGAACAUUUAUUUAUCUGCAGCGACUAAAAAGCAAAGUUCUGGUUGGACUUCAGGACCUGUUUAAUAUUCAACCCUGAGAGAUUUUUUUUUUUUUUUUGCCAGAUUUUGACCCAUGUCUGAUUUUUUUUUUUUUUCAUGUAAAGUAUCAGGAGCUGUUGUCAUGGCAACAAGUCAUUUCUCUCAAACAUGCAGAAGUGCUUCAUGACUAGAGUUGAGAAAACUGUGAUUAUUGAGGUAGGGGAAUCUUUUUUAUUGUGUCACCAUGGUGGGCGAUUUGAAGAAGUUUAGGCUGAGAUUUAGAAAGAGCAGAGUUGUCAGUAGAAGUGCUUAAAUCACAUAAAAAAACAUUAGUUUUCUGCAGUUAUAAUGUAGUAUUUUUAAACCUUAUUGAAGCCGUAUUUACAAUGAUAUAUUUUCAUUAAUCAUAGCAUUCACAUAAUACUUUUUUAAUCACAAAAACUACUGGUAAUGCAUACUCCUACAUAGGUGGUGGCGUUUGAUCCUUAUUUGAAAGAAUGUAGCUGCGGCAAGCUAAGGAGAUGGUAACAAUCAAGUUACCUGAAACCCUUAUUUCUUGCUGAUUUAGAUGCAACCUUGUGAAUGAGAUAUUAAUUGAUUGUCUUUUAACAGUGAAAGUAGACUCCUCACGAAUAUUUACAGUAGGGAAAGUCACUGAGGCUACCUACCUCCUCACAGCAGAUUCAGACUUUAAAAUAUCACAAUAUAGAAAGUUUCUGUCUCAUUUGCUUCAGUACAUUAGAGAAAUAUAUCACUGCUAAUUUCCGUCUGUUUUAUUUCCAAUCAAAAACUCCUCACUGGAGCUUCAAGAUCAUAACAAUGCUGCAGAUCUCACUAGAAGUGAGCUAAAUAUGAGUCUGAACACACCCUGCAUUAUUUUCUGUAAAAUCUUUGCAUGUUGGUGAACUUUGAAAACUUUUAAAGACCUUUUCAGACCUUAAGUAACGUCUGGAAAUAUCAUCAGUCAGGAUCUACACAUUGCAGAGAUGUUUGAAGGUGAAAAACAUACACAAAAUUAUUCUCCCAGCUUUGUAACUGAGAGUCUCUUGCACACAUGUGUGCAGCCCUGCCACGCUGUCAUGUCAUACUGAAGCUGUUAACGUUAACAUAAGUGACCAUAGUGUGAAAGUCAUGAAGCCACUGGGAUGAAUCAGGAAGCGAACGGUCAGCCUGGUAAAGUAAGUCCGGAUUUUUUCUCGCACGAACCGGCCAUCUGUCGUCUGAACAGGACUGAUACUGUGUUUGUGUCAGAAUUUAAUCUUUUCUCAUGUUUUCAAUCUCACCCUGAUCAACCUUUUCCAGACGGAGAGUUCAGUUUGGAGCAGCGGUUAUUAAAAUUCAAAGCCAGGGAACCUGAAAUACUGAAUGAUUGAAUAAAGUCUGGUCUGUAUUAUAAAAAAAGAUUUUUAUUGUUAGGCGUUAUGCUUUUUCACACUGCUUGAAUAUAUAUUUUCCAGCCUGUUCCUGUGUGAAUAAAGCGUUCCUGCCACAUUGACUCCUCCAGUCCCAAAACGACUCCGUACACAGAAUUGAAGAUCUACAACUUUUAUUUCCUUAAAGCCCUCAGGGAGAUGAUCAGACACUGAAAGCUGAUGUUAAGGAUUUAUAGUGAAUCCAAAAGCAACAUUAGAACUUCAAAAUAAAAGCACCCUAUCAAAAAUAAAAGCAUGCCAAAAAAGAAGCUCCAGUCCUGAUAAAGAAGUUCAUUGACUUGUUUUACACUGUCCAUGAUCCACAUGGUUGCUGAUGAAUUUGUGAGUUAUAGUGAAUACACACACAUACACACAGAUGGUAUUAAAGCCUCUAUAAUCAUGUAUGAAUAGCCUCUAUUUACUGACAGAGUGAGAGAGCGGCAGCAGCAGGGACAAAUUGGCUGCAGUCUGUGUUCACUAGCUGGCUGCGAGGUAAGAGGAGAGCAGAUACUGUCAGUGGAAGGAACGACUUCAUCAACGAGCAAUUGGUUUCCGCAAGUGGAGAUCUUAAUUUACACACCUGCACUUUUAGUCAGAUCCAGAGUGAGAGUUCACUUCCUCUCCUGCUGCUCACCUCACUGUUCUGCUCCAAUUUGCCUCACCAGCUCAGACAUCAUCGAUCUAAUUCUGCCCACAUCUAAAUAUAUCCCUCCUUUCACCAGCAGGUCAAAGGGUAGAAAAGGAGGUGUGUCUGCACCUAAAGGGCUGGAUAUGCGAGACUGAUUCACAUUCCAUCACAGAACUGGGUCAGUUUAUGCAAAUUCACCAGAAAGGCUCCACCUUUGCUCGCCUCCCAGGGUACACUGCAGGAGAAAUAAGGUGGAGCUUAAUGAGAAGGGAAUUGAAGCAAGUGUGCCACAAAAGAUGGACCUGUUCAUCUUUUAUUUUGAAGUAGGACAUUUCUUACGUAAAGCUGAUGUUGAUGCGUUGUAAUUCAUCAAGCAUCAUGUAAGAGAGUGGAGGAAAUCACGAGGAAGUAUCACUCACUGAGAGAUGGCUAUCCUCACCUCAGUGUGGGUAGACCAACCGACGCGCCGCCAUCCCAAAACUUUACCCCCCCCCCCCACCUCCCUCCACUUAUUCUCACUUCAGUGUGAUGUAGGUGUGUGUGUGCGCCCGCCAUGCCUGCCAAGCCUCUGCAAUCCAAUGGCGCAUCAGGCGUUCAGCCGUCCUCAACCACGCUUUCCCACACUCCAUCUCCUCGUUAGUGUGCGAUAAAUCUGUCAGGAAAAAAGAAGUGUCUCCGGGCAUUAAAAAAGAAAAGUGCUUGAAAGGAAAAAGGAGAGGAUUCACAUGACAGACUGCAGGGAGGAGGAUGGAUGGAGAUUGGGCAAAGAGCCCCACUGCUCAGCUCUGCUUUACCGAGAUGCUUCCAGCUUAUUAGCAUAGCUGAUUAUUUAACCGGCCUGUUCAUUUUGGUGACACAGCGGCUGCUCUACAUAGACAACAGGAGAAUUAGUUUAUCAGGAGAUGGGUUUAGAAGAAGAACCUAGCUUGCAAAAUUCUUGAAAUGCAAGUCAUGAAAUCCUCCAAGCUCCAUGAUUUCCAUGUAUGAGAGUAUAACCUCUAUGGUUUGACCUCAAAAUAAAGUAUUCAGAGCCCGUAGAAACUAUAUUGACACAGAUAAAUGAUUUUCAAUCUCUGAUGGUUUGAUUGUCCUCAGCAGCUUUGUAAACACCAUAAAAACACGCCCUAAACUUAACUGUUUUUUUCUUUUUAUUACUAUAACCAUCCAAUAUUACAACACCAUCUGCAAGCAGUAAAUACGUGGACAGCCGGCCCUUCGUUUUUACUCCUGUACCUGUGAGAAAAGAGAGAGCACACACUCACAAAUAAAGAGAGGUGAAUGAGUAUGUCCAAACCAGAUCAGGUUUUUGUGUGACCCUAGUCCUGCCUUUGUUUUAAUAGAAACUUCAUGCAACAAACUAGUCCUAACGUUAGAGCACCUGAACCUGCUGGGUAAGAGGCAGGAGGGUGGCGGUCCCCCGUCUCUCUAAUGUUUUUAACUGCUGCAGGCAGCUCUUGAGGUUUUUAAACACUCUGGGCUAAUUGAUGCUGAUUGUUAAUUAGUGACUUCAGCUGUGCAGAGCUCGAGAAAAUGAAGGGAUAAAAAAAGGACGGGAAACAGGCAGCCGUGACAACUGCAGGUAAACGCUGUCAUGUUUGCACGUCACUCCUGUCAAGGUGUGAUUCGCGAAGGUGUUUAACCUUAAUACAGCUUACAUAAGAGGUUUUAAUAGAUACUAGUGUUAGUGCACAAUGAACGUUAUUUCCUGUGAACAGCCUGAGCUUCGACUGUGACAUGUCCCCCUAUUCAGAAUCGCAUCUUAUCAGCAUAAAAGGAACAGUACACCCCACACACACCUGGAGGUGAUGCAGGUGCAUCUAACUGGGAGGAAGCCCAGAGCUUGCUGGAGGGAUGAUAAACCCCAUCCAGCCAAGGAACGCCCCAGGACACCACCAAAGGAGCUGGAACAUGUUGCUGAGGGGGGAAGGAUGUCUGAGUCGACCUGGUUAGACUGCUGCCGCCAUGACCUGAUCCAAACAAUUGGAAGGAAAGGAAGCAGCGAAACAGGCCUCUGACGGCAUAUCAUAGCCGAUGUCAUCCCCCUCCUCUAAAGUAUUAAUUACUGAUAAUAAAGUAGUUGAAGUUGGUGAUAUAAAGUACAACUUUAUAUCAAUUUUCCACAUCAAAGUACACAAGAAAUAUUGGAUUAUGGCAUUAUGCUUCAUCCAGUGUGCCUUCUAGUGGCCAAUGGCUGCGUUACAGCUUGGACGCAACAUUUAUAUGCAUUCAAUUUUUGCAUUUCACCUUUGCAAAAUCCCAAAUUAGAUUUCAUGCUUGGUGACGUCCAUGACGUAUGUUAAGUAAUAUGUGGUUUUGAUGCCUGUGUAGCUCUCUCUAGUAUCAUCUGUUAGCCCAUCCUGUCGGCUACCCAUGGUAGUUAAAGAUGGGGUAGGCAGGAAUCCGUUAAAGGAGCAUCUUUUUUGUGGUGUAUAUAUAAAAAAGCUUUUAAUAUCAGUCAGUAGCUGUUAGUCAUUGAUGACAUUUGAUAAUGUAACGAUAUCGCUGUUUUGUUAUGUCUGUGUAGUCAACAUUUUAAAAUUUCAGAGCGUUCCGCUCUUUCUGACUGUAAACAAAACCCUUCCCCGCCUCCCUCUUAUUGGUUGUGAGGUGGAUGCUGCUUCUUAGUGCUGAUUGGUUGUGAGGCAGAUGCUUCUCCCCCGUGUCGUUCACGAGCCCAAACAAAGUUAGCAAGCUACAAUAUCAGAGAGUAGAAACCAACCAGAAAGUACGGAAAAUUUUCUGAAUCCUCCUUUGGGCACGACUGCCAACACAAGCAAGAAAACAAACUAAAUACCGAAGACUGUGGCGGAAUAAGGAGGUAGACCACCCAGACAAGAGCUAAGAGGCCGGGUCAACAAUGAUGGGGGAUGCUUCAGGAUCUUAUAGACCCUGUAACCUUUCUGCUGGAGUGGUGAACUGCUUUAACAAAGUAAGCCAAGUGUCUAUAACAGAAGUGUUUCUUGUCAAACGGGACCUGCUGCAUGUUGUAGCGCAGCUUAACUGUUUACCUCAGGUUGUGGAGUAUGUCACUUUAUCCUUGUUGUAGAAGUCCUGCAAACAUUGUGUUUGCUGGUAGUCUGUUGGCAUCUACAGUAGCACCAGUGCUGUUUGCUUUCACAUUGACUGGGCCCCAUUUGUAAUUAUCUGAAGUAUUUAUUUGCAUUAUAUCUGAAUUUAAUUGUAACGAUACGAGUGAGCAGGAGCGUCUGUUUGUAGGCGGGGCUUGCUGGAGCAGAGAGGGAGGAGAGAGGAGGAGCUGAGGGGAAAACUGGUUAGGAGGGGUAGUGUUUACAUUCAAGAUUUCUCCCAAAAACUGGCACUUCCUCAGAUCCUGCCUACCCCACCUUUAAAGAGGCCUGUACAGUAGUGUUGAUAGUUGUUAGGCAAGUUCACCGAUACUUGUUCUGAGACCUUCUUCUGCUGGAGACGUUAUGUUCUCAUCUCUUCAGAACCAGCCUACGUUAAUUGUCACUUAACUUACCAGGUGUUUGCACUUCCUAUCUGUGCUCAUCACAUCUGUCUGACAGAACCCUCGUCGCCACAGGCAACUCUUACCAUGGAGACCAGCUCUGUGUUGGCAGGGAUUGGCUGGUUUUCAGCAAGUUUGUUAUCAGCACGUCAUCGGGUCUCUUAGGAAAGUGGUGCGAUGACCUGUGUGACAGCAUCAGGAAAGCCCUCCUGUUGUACCUCAGACAUGUGCAAGUGCUGUAGGCAGACUUUAGGUACAGUGACUUGAGGUGGAGCACAAGUUACGAUUUAAUCAAAGUUUCUACUUGAGCAUCAUUGAGAUAACUACAUAGUCAGUCUGGUAUCUUCUUGGACCAGAAUCUAGAGAGCCUGUCCAUACAUCCAUCCUGAGUUGACUUGAUUAUUGUAAAAAGCAUCUUUAAACAUCCAUCAAAAGAAUCAGUUAGCUGAGUCUUCACUCAGACCAAGUCAGUGGAUCACAUUACUUUAGCACCAGCACCUUCCUGUGUGUUUGAACUGCUGUGAAGCGAUUGGUAUAUAUGAUGUCUUGUUUCUGUGUUAUUUUUUUUACUUGAUGGGCUCCAUCUCUCCUCACUUUACAGCUGCUUCUCGCUCUCUCACCUCCACCUUUACUUCUGGGUCAGUCUUCCCUCACCAAAUGUCCCACCCACUACACCUCUAACUGUACUUUAAGAGUAACAGAUUAACUUUGAACUCCUGUAAAAGUUGCUAACAGCAAUAAUCAAGUUCAAUAUCUGCCCCGGAAACCUAAUCAUAAAGUCCUUUUACCCAAUAGUUGUAACAAAUGAAUGACUAUUUUAAAUGUAUAGCCUGCAGUGUGACUCUGUAUCUCCUAUUAAACCGCUCUUCUGUUGUAUUUCAGCCUGUUUUUGUUUUGACCUUCUCUGCUGUAUGUUUCCCUUUUAUAAGAGUAAUUAAAUUCUCUCUUGUACAAUGUUUUUUUUUUACCCUUUGAUAGCCUGCCUUAAUGUUCUGUUUGAACCACCUUAGUGCUGAAAUAUGCCAUGCAGUAAAAGCAGUCUUGCUUUGCAGUAAAUAUGCUCACAGUCUGUCUAAUAGGAGCUAAAGAAAGUAAAAGCUAGCACACCCCACAGUUGGCAUAUGUUAAGUAAAAUCUGUUUGCAUGCUGAUAUUUUCCUGCACCCUCUUGCCAAAGGAGUUGUGUUGCUUUUGAAAGAAAUUUAGAGGAAUGUGCAGCUGUCUCCUUGUUUUGAGAUCUCCUGUGAUCCCAGCUGUCUGUACUGCGUGCAGCAUUUGCUCCAACAUUGAAAUUGGCCACAGUCCAGGCAGCAAUAACUAAUUUUCACACAAACAUUGCAUGUAACACAUGGUGCGGCUCUGACUGUACACUCCCAGCACAGUGACAUCGCGCAGUGCUAGUGUGAGGAGCUGGUUACUAUGGGAACUAACUAUAUGCGGGGGCUGUGCUGGUUAGAGUAGACUGAUUGAUGGGUGUUGUUAGGCCCGGUGUAAAGUAAAUCCAUCUCAGAGGGGGUCCUUCAUUCCUGGGAGUCUCCUUGUGCACCAAAGGUGUGUGAUCCCACAUUUGCUUUCAUGAGAGCAAAGAUCAGACGCUCACAAGCUGCAGGAUAAACACAGACAGGAUUUCACUGUCCGUUGCACUGGUAUUAGUUCUCUUAAGCUGAUGUGCAAAAGUGUGCACUUGUCUUUGCAAGUCAAUGAGGUGGUGUGAUGCUGUGAAGUUGUCAGCUUUGCACACAUCACUGCACAUUUUCUGCACCCAGUCUGAGCUGAUUCUACAUGUCUUUCCGAGUCGAGCACUUAGCAUGUUGAUGUAGCUGCAAAUGAACCAACACUUGUCCCCAAGGUGCUCGUACAAAGUCUUUUCAUGAAGCGCACGGCAGUUAAAUAAAUUGAGAUCGCUGUUCUCCAUUUCUUUGCAUGCUGUCAGCUUCAGCUCACCGGCAGAUUUCAUUAUUUCCCUUCUCUGCCGUUUCAAAAGGUCACUAACCAGAGCGCAGCGAAGGAAUUCACUAUAAUGCUGAUGCAAAAGUUCUCCAUCAAAUGCAAAUAACAGCCUGAAAGAAAGCGCAGGGAACCGAUCUCUGAACAGAAAGUUUAUCAUGAAUGAUCUGAACAAGAUUUCUGCUUUUAAUCAGGACCCUGGUGUAAGCUGAGUCGAUGUUAACUUGAUUUCCGUCCAAGCUUCAACUCAAACAAGCCUCUAUUUCUGUGUUAGUUGUUUGUGUGUUCACCGUGCAGCCAGAGGAGUUCAUACCCAAAGGAAUGCCUGGGGUCUCUCUAUAGGCCUGGCCCGGGUGCAGCACAUUAGACGGACCAUAUUUACACCAUAUUAAUUCAGUAAAGGGGCGCAGGUCUGUGGUAAAGUGGUGCAGGAGGCUUGUUUGGUUUGGAUGUUUUGAUAUCUGCUUCAUCUGCAGCAGAAAAUGUGGAUUUGAAGUGCAAAAGGUGUACAGAAUCAAAAUAAAACCAUCGUACAGCCUCAGGGAGCUGACUCCUGACUGAACACAGAUUAUAAAUAACACCUGUGACCUUGACGCUGUAAUCUAUUGAUCUUACAGAUUCAGGGUCUUUGCCUCGGCUCAUUGUGAAAACAUCCAUUCCAUUAAUAAGUCAUAGCACCAAAGCUAGAAGCGCGUGCGAUUGUUGUCCUUUGAAUAUAAAUUCACACCGUCAUUCAGAGCAGGACGGUUCAUGGAAACUGUGACGAACUUUUCUUUUCAACCUCUGCCUGUGUGCGUUUGUGUGAACACGUAAAAGCCGCCCCCCCCCCGCUCAUGUCCUUCACACAGUGUGUAAGUCGACUCUGAGCAGCAGGACUCCAGUCCGUCCAGAUGGUGCUUCCAGGUGGAGCGGCUUGACAUUCGUGACGGGACAGCGGUUAAAAGUCUGUCUGAGUCUGACGCAAACAGACAUCAACUUUCCUCCACAACCUCUGGGAGGAGAGCGGCCAUGUUUGACUGUCGUUUAUUUACUGUAGUGAUGACACAGGUGUACAUAGAUAUGUUCGUACCUACUGCAUCUCCUUUCUUAAUAUAGAGUAGUAUUUUGAAUGGCAAAGCUACAUCUGUGCAAAGUCAGAUUACUCAGUCAUAUAAGCGAAUUGGAAAGGGAGGAUGGGAGUAAAAAAAUUGAGAAAACUUUUUUAGUCAAGCAGAUGGUGCUGAGAUUUCUGUCUGUUAAGGUCAGCAGAGGUUGGAUUUGUCCAAAGUUGGUUGAUACUAAUCUAAACUUCCAGAAACUGCACUAAAAUGAAAAAAUAAUAGCUGGUGUAACACUUACAUUUAAACUCACCACUCACAAUAACUAUAAGCACAUUUAUAAAACCUCAUUCAUGCAUCUGUAGGGCUUUAGCAUUUAGCAUUUGUUUCAACUUAAUGUUAUGAAUAUGAAGCAUAAUGCCUCAUGAAGGUUUUACUUUAAUGUUGCUGUUAAUCUCAUAACAGUGACUUUUAAAGGUGGGUUUUAUACCACGCUACACGGGUUUGUUGUGGUGAAGAGGGAGCUGAGCCGAAAGGCAAAGCUCUGGAUAUACUGGUCGAUCUUUCCUCCUACCUCACCUAUGGUCAUGAGCUGAGGGCAGAGACGGAAAGAAUGAGAUUGUAGGUUCAAGCCCCCUAUCUCUAAGAGAGAUAGGGUGAGAAGUUGGUCAUGCUGGAGGGCCUUAGAGUAAAACGGCUGCCCCUCUGUGUCAAGAGGAGUCAGAUGAGGUGGCCUGGGCAUCUAAUUAGUAUGCCUCCUUGAGGCUGGUUUGUUAAGUGUUUAGGGCACGUCCAACCGAUAGGACACCACGGGAAAGACCCAGGGCACACUGGAGAGACUCUCCAGCACCCCUUGAGAAUGCUCUGUGGGCCCCUGGGAAGAGCUGGACAAAGUGGCCAGGGAAGUCUGGGCUUCCCUGCCUAGGCUGAUGCCCCUAAAACCUGACUUCAAAUAAGUGGUAGGGGACGGAUGGAUGGAUGGAUGUUUUAUUUCACAUUAUAACUCCCACAACUUUGUUGACUUAUGAAGGUUAAUAGAGAUCUGAUUGCUCUGCUGUAAUGCUGUAACGCUUUACUACCUGGAUUUAAGCAGGUGACGUCUUGUAGUGCAGUGUGGUUUAUCAGUACUUGCUGGUUAAACUAAUACAUUAACAGUCAACCAGAGCAAAGUGUUACCAGCACUGGCAUGUGGAUGUUGACCUGCUAGCUCAGUAUUUGUUCGCCACACUCAGCACACCAGAUUGUUUUAGGCUCAGUGAUCCCUUGUGCAGCUUCGUUGAGGGACGAAAUAUCCCCUGUGUGUUGCUCCAAAGUAGUUUUGGUGGAUCUAUAAAGGUGAUAUUUGAGGGUAUAAAACUAUUGAAGACAUAAAUAAAAACAGAGUCUGUCUGCUUUGAAACCCAAAAAGAGAAAGAAAAUUGAUUUGAGUGACUGAUGCAAGCGUUUGCAAUGGCCUUCAAAGAAGGAGUCAACGUUCAGAUGGUUCACAGCGUUAUUAGUUCUCAUCGAACGCUCCUGUCUACCUUUUCUAACUCCAUUAGUCACAGACUCCAGAUGCAGUGUCUACAAAUGGAGAAAUUAGACUUGAAUCUGUGUUUCUGUAUCACAAAGAGGGGAGAGAGUGCUGAAUAAAUAAAACUGAGAGGGUUGCUCGGCAUUUCCUCAUCUCACUCUGAUUUCUCUACACAACAAGACGACAGGACUGGUCAACAGCGCUGCCAGAAAUGGUGGAGGAAUAAGUUUAGUAAUCCAAGCCCACCAGAGCUGAGAGGAAGGAUGUUUGUAGUACUCACUGAUUGUCUCUUGUGUCCUCACAGCGGAGCCCCUCCCCCUCAUGGAGCUGUGCAGACGAGUAGCUCGGCUGGCUCUGGGAAGAGAGCGCAUCCAUCACAUCGACAUACUCCCGCUGCCGCAGACUUUAAAGAACUACCUCCAGUACCAGUGACCCCACACUCAUGAAAAAAAAAACACAGAGAAAGAGAGAGGGGAGUGAUCUGCAGUGCACGUGGUCUUCAUGUGAGCAUCCUCCAAACUGAGACCCAGCUUCUGUGGAGGAGGGAAGACUGUGCUGCAGGGGGUUUGUUUACAACAUGUGGGGGGUUUCCAUUUGGGUGUUUUUAUCCUCUGAUUUUCUCUUAUUGUUGUUUUUGUUGUUGUUUUUUUGUUGCUGACUGCUGUCUUUCUCCUGGACGGUCAGGUAGAGGAGCGGAUGAUUCAGGCGAAAGGAUUGAAAGAUUAAAAAAAGAAAAUUACUGUCCGGUUUCCUGCUCAUCAGGUGGAUUAAGUCGAGUCCAUGUCCUCAGUUUGUAAGGCCUUAGACGCCGUGGUUAUUUUGGCGAUGGCUUUUGCAAAGUCUGCCUUCUGGCAAACAUAUUGGUGUUUAUAUUUAGAUUCCCAACAGCACAGCAGGCUCUGUGGAGAUGCAACAAUCCCUCCGAGCUAUAAGAGAUAGAGAGGAGGUAGCACAGUAGAGGGGAAAGUCCACACGCAGGUCUAUUUCUGUGUAUCCACAGUGCAGCACACACGGAUUACAUUUAUACAGCGUGUGUGUGUGCGUGUUUUAUCAGGAGUGUCAAGAAACAAAGCCUUAAGUGUGUGAAGUCAAAACACAGCUCGCCGACAAGCUGGCAGUUCCUCCUACAGGCUAAGAAACGCAGCAGACUCCGGUCUGAUCUGAACUCUGUCUUUGUCGGAUUCGAGCCUCUGUCACAUUCUCCUCCAGCUCCUGUAACCGUGAAAGCGAUAACCGUGUACCCCUCGGUAAAGCCGUGUCUUUGACUGCUAAUGUGCCUGCUCCAUGGGGAAAAAAAAGCACACGGCACUUCUGACAUCUCAGAAGACCCUGACCCCCCCACAGACCUCCCGACCUGAAAGUCUGAAAUGCUGCUUUUCUGUCUUUUACUUCACCGUCUUACCUUUAUGUGGGUUUUUUUUUCUUCUGAGUUUCUUUUAAAGAUGAUGAGAUUUUUUUAAUGUUCUUUUUUUUGUCCCCCCCUCUGGAUUUUGAGAUUUGUCUGUGGGACUGGAUGCCUCGCAGAUGUAGGUGGACGCCAUGAGUCUUUUAAAUGUGAAUAAGAAUAAACUCAGUUGAACUCAAACUG